AUGGCUGAAAACCUGCUCGACGUCGGACCUCCCAACUCAAAGCGACCGAAGCUGAAUUCACCUGCCCUGUCAACGUCUGAUGGAGCAGGUAAAGGCCUCAACACUAUCUAAACAUGUGAACACCACACUCAUAUAUAGAUUUAAAACCAAUAACUCUGUGUGAUUGCUGCCCAUAUUUACCAACGACCGGUGGAGCAGAGUUUGAAGUUGGCAGGUGAUGUAGGUGUGCUGAUGUGUCUGUCAGUGGCAUGAAACUGUUCCUUUGGUUUUACUGCAGUCACUGUUGUGGUGAGCAUGUAAUUGAACCAAGCUUGUGCGCUCAGAUGCCACAUUACUAGGCGUACUCGCCUUCUGCAAAUUGCAGUCCUGGCAACAGUCUUGCAGUAUGUCCCGUCUUAAGCAAUGGAAUACAUUGUCUCAGAGGUAAGCCCCAGAAAUGAACACGAACAGUAACGUGAGAAACGCUAGGAUUAACUCCAAGCUCAAUUUAAUAAUGCGUCUACCUAAAACAGUAGAGGCGAAAGGUUAACAUGAGAAAUGGUUAAUACGAAAAAUAUGCAAUGCGUGAGACCAGAACUUAUUAAAUAUUGAAUCUAAUAGGAACUGUUCCUGGUGCCCACAAAUGCAUGGCAACAUUGAAUUGAUCCCUGACAGAAGUUUUAAUGUUAACUGAUCGUAGUCAAUAAAGACGGUUUCGUUGUACCAUUUGAUCUGAAAUGGUCAACGUCCCCCAUGCACCAUCUGUGUGGCAAAGUAUCCAUUAAAAAUGUGUACAGACAGGCCCUCUUCAGAGAUAUUACUACUGCACAAUUAUACAGAGUUACAGUCGAGUUUGCAAGAGAAAGAAGGUUGAAAACAGUUUAUAAUGUUGAUGCCAAAUGCCAAGGAUAAAGAAGUGCACAGGUAGAGACCAAAUAGAAUCAUCCUUGCCAAGGCACCUCUUUUCUAACUUGAAACUCAGUGACAUCGGGAUGUGAUAGCUUUAUUUGAUUGUACAGUAAAUAUUUCAUUCGCACAAACUGUGGAUAACACCACAAGCUCUAAGAAGACACCUGUCUCUGUGGGCACAUGCAUUUUAAUGCCCAGCGAAAGUAGCAAAGAUAUGGAAAUGUUUCUCAUUCAGAAAUGCAAGCUUUGUAUAUUUAUACUUGGGUCAAAGGACAUGGUGGUCUUAUGAUAAAGUAAACCCAAAAACAGAAUGGAUAUUAAGAACGAAGAUUUAAAAACUGUACACUUGCCAUGUCUUGAUUCAGCUUGACCCAUGACUCUGAUUUGUAUCUGUGAUACAGAAGUUGUUAGAAAUGUAUUUCCUCAGAAUCAAAACAUGUAACAUGAUCCAGCAGACGAUUACUGCAGGCUAUACUUGGUUUACUGAAAACCGUUGGGACUACUUCAGACACUAAAGCAAUAAAAGCAUCAGAACAAAUACAAGCUCGCUAAGCCUAAAAUCGAUCAUUUUAACUUUGUAGUGGAUUGUUACCAAAGGCUUGAGUGUGAACUCUUGCAACAUUUGCUGAUGUGGACUUGUUGUGCUGUGUUUGAAUUUGGUACCCCUAUCCAUUAUAUUACUGGUUUUUAAUACUCCUAAUAGAUCCAGCUAUUACAGGUUGUUUUGCAGCCAAACAGACACUGCAUGACCAGCAUGCAGGAACAGGGAUUUAAAGGGUUCACUGUACCCUCAGUUAAUACAGUUAAUACCUGAAACAGUUUUUUUAACUAUGUGAUUGUACAUACAGUGUGAAGAAGUAUUGUUUGCAAUGCAGGCCGUAAACCUCAAAAUAACCUCAAAUAAACGGACUAACUGUUCAAAUAACUGAUCGAAACCUCAGGCAGCAUGAAGGCAGCGAAAUAUCAGUGUUUGAAAUUGACAUGUAGUGUUGUUCCAGAUGGAGGAUGAAACCUAUGACUAUGGUCAGUUUGAGCAACUCUUUAACUCUCAACAUUGUCUGCAGCAUCACUUUUGUUUUUGCGUUUUACACUGACUAAAAAUCUGCACAAUGCCCAUUUUUCCUCCUCUGACUGUGCAAAUAUCAGGCAUUUUCAAAUCACUAAUAAAAAGAAAAGUACUGAAAUGUUCUUUCUAAAGGUAAAAAUUAGUUGUUGGCUGAUGGAAGGGUUAGUUAUGAUGAGCAUGAAAAAGUCUGCACCAAGAAAGUAGUUGCAGGAGCCUUGAAGGCAGUCAGAACCAGAUUUACAGCUUCAGAUUUACAGUUUUUUUCCCUCAUGACACUGCAAACAUUACUCUUUUACACCCAGGUACACCCUAUAUAAAAUAGAAAUUUGGCUGUUUGGAUUGACACCAGGAAUAUGUUAUGAAGCUCAUUUUGAGAAUAUGAAAUUGAGCUGCAUUUUACUUAAUUUAGUAGAGGACGUCCACAUUGUUGAAUGUUGUGCCUCCUUACUCAUGAAAACCAGACUGUGAAGGAGGAAUUGCCAGUUACAUUUGGCAAAGUUUUACUGAGUUACAGAAAUGUCCAUAGCAGAUCAGUUUGUGCAUGAGCCCUAUAGAAAUGAAUCAUCAGGAACCCUGAACAAAUGAGCACUGGUCUACAGUAAGGCUAUCAGCCAUGUUUCAUUUUUCAUGUUCAUGGAUUUUUGAAAAACAAAUUGUUAAAUGUGAACAUUUGUAUUUGCAAAAAAAAAACCAAAAACCCUUGAUUCAGCUGUCGGUCAUGGUGGGGCUUGGUCACAGCAUUAUAAUCUUUCUUGUGCAUGAGGGACAGUCACAGGAGUUACAACUGUGAUAAUGACGAUGAAUGAAACUGGGAUGCAGUGAGAAUGAGUUGGGUUUAUGUGAGCCAGUAUUUCCUGGGUUUUUGGUGGUUUCACAUGCAGAUGUUGGGCAGAUUAAGGCGUCAUCGGCCAAAAUGUUUUGUUGGAAAAUGCAAAAUAAAUCAUUUUCAUAGACGUCUGAAUAUAAGACAUUUGUUACCUGGAUUCACACGUGAAAAGGUGGUGUAGUAUUGUAUCACGUAAGAAGUCAACACUGUUUUCUGUCUGGAAAUGUUCACGGCAGGGCAGUCGAGUACAUGAUUUUCCUACUCUCACUCUAACACCCUUCGCCACAGAGGAAGCUGAUUGAUUGUCUGCUCUCAGUGGAUGAGGGCAUAACUGAAUGAAAACCUCUGUAUAAAGACAGCAAUAUAGUGACUCGCUCUCAGACUGAUUCACAGUAAAACUGAGCAGAUUAUCAAUGGGUAAAUCACAGCGCGCUGGUAAAUUAUAACAAUUCUCACCCAUCCUGUCUUUCAGUGCAGCAAGUUUGCACUGAGGCGCUGUCCCACAGCAUUUCAUCAGUGAACAGAUAGAAUACAUGAAAGUGAAGAAAAAGGUGUUCAAAUGUUUUGAAUAUAAUUUUUUUAUUUUAAGGGGGAAUAAUCUGACAUCAUUUUUGACCAAUUUCUCGACAGCCCUAGUCUACAGCACCCAUAACUCAAAGUGGUCUCAUCUUUCACUGUCGGCACAAAGCAACAGAGAAUGUCAACAAGUGUAUGGUGAAGAAAGGUCCUCACACACUGGGACCGUUUUUUGUCGUUCGAUUAUUUCGGACGUCAAUAUGUUUUUUUCGAACCCGUAUCCUGUCAAUACAAGCGUUCACAUCAGCAACGUUUUCCCGUCCUGCGAUAUUGUGGCAUUUAUUUUUUCGGAUCAUGGUCAAUUUUUCUAAAGUUUUGCAUACUGUGUGUCCACUUGUGACCACUUGCGUGUUGUUGAUUCACCAGUAUACCCGACAUUGCCGACCAGCUGAUUAUUUACGUGUCGGAAACAGGGUGCAUUUUGAUAAAAGACACAAACAUUACAAAGAUAACGACCUGAAGGACAACUUGUGGAGAGUCAUAGCGUCUGAUUUCUCAUAUGACGAUGUUUUAUGUGCUUUAACAGUUUGCUAAAAGUCUUUGUUUUAACUUUCAUCUGUGCUAACGUAAGCUAACGGUUGUUACCAUAGUUUAAUGUGCUUAUCUGGUUCUGGCUUCGACUCAGUAUUUGCUAUCAUGCCAGAAAGCCAUCUCAACACUAGUGUCUAAUCAAAACUGAAAACAAUCAGUGACCGUGUUACAGUUUCAGCUCCUGAACCAAGCAGUGAAACUCGCCAAGUUCUCUUCUUUUUUGUAAUAUUGGAUGCACCCAUGUGCUACGUUUCUUUUCCUUUUGAGAAAGCAAAAGGAGUACCAAUUCGUCGUAACUUGAAGCUGAAGUAGACUCCAUUUUUGUCUUCUCGAUUCCACCCGGGACGCUGUUUGUUAAGGGAAGGUCCCGCCCUCCUUCGCCUCUGAUUGGCUAUAAGUGCUGACAGUUUGACUUGAGCGUGUGAUGAUGUGUACAGCUUUUCUAGCCAAUCAGAGGCGAAGGAGGUGGGACUUUCCCCCGGAGAAGUCUUCCCCGGGGUGCGUCUUUUCCGCCGCGAAAAGUCGCAAAAUCGCAUCAGGCUUGAUGUGUUUAGUCAGGCACGUCAAAAUUCGCCUCAGAAUAUUUGUGAUUUUGUGUUCUAUAUUCAUGUUGGCCCCUGUGUGUAAGGACCUGAAAGCUUAACUUAUAUCAGACAAUGUUUUUUUCAAAGUCAGCAAGCACUCAAAGCUCACAGUGAGAAACGUAGAUCCAAAUAAAAUGUCUUCUUGCCCCACAUCUGCUGGGUUUGCAGAUUUUUUUGCAGAUUGAUGACUGCAAGAAAAAGAAAAAAAACAUGGCAUUGUUAUUUCUGUUCUAGGAUAUAUUUGUUUGCAAAUGAUGUUUGUUUGAUUAACUUUCCACAAGGUAGACAUUGAAUCCAGAUUUAAUGAAACACUGGAACUGAAGUUCUUUCAGAUGGCUAAUGGUGUUAAAAACGUCUUAUUGUAAGAAAUUUAGCUUACAAAACACUCAUACUUUAUCUGUACGGUACAGCUGAAGCUCAAAUGAGGAGUCUGUAGUAAGGAAGAUGGUUUUCUGUUGUGUGUGUGUGUGUAUGUGUAAUUUAGUGAAAAUGGAACUCAAAUGAAGAAUUUAAAAGCCUGCAACAAAGGAUAGAAAAAAUCAAGUUGGGCAGCCUUUCAACGAAGCAGCUGUCACAACGUUAAUGAAUCACACAACACACAUAGCAGAGGCCCCACAUGUCUGCAGUGAUCAAUCAUUAGACCUGACCCGCUUACUCGAAAGCUUUUGCCAGCUACAACUGGGACCUAACAGACUCCAUGGGACAUCACUGAGCAAUACUUCAUCAGCUGUAAAUUACUGCGCACAAAGAGUUGGCUUUCACUCUUUUGAUGACUGUCAUGCCUGUAGCUUUGUGAGCAGCACGUCUCUGGCCUGACAUUUGGCCUUUGCCUUGUGCUGCAGCAGAGUCGAGUCUGAAUUGCACGUCUCAUUGCAGAGUUAAAGUAAGCCACGGGGAGUGUUUGCAUAAAGAAUAUGUGCCUGCAGCGACCAUGGACUUGUGAUGUUUUCAUGCUAUCAACUUUUGUUUGUGUUUUGGGAGGGUCCUUUUUACUACAGUGGCAGAGAGCAAACACUCGCCCCUUCUCUGUGUUCACGCCAUGUGUCACCCUGCAGGGUCCUGGCCCUCUUUUGAUCCUUUAUCAUCAAAAAAAAAAAAGAGAUACUGCAAGUGCCAAUGGGGUUGUGUUGAAGCUGGAGCAGGCAAUUUCAGCGAUUGCAGCAUGAGUAGACUCAGACAAUGGCAGAGUGCACACAGGUUGACAGGUGAGUCAUCCGAUUAUUUAAUUUUUGAUUUGACAGACAUGUUACAGGGCAGCCACUGAUAACAGAUUUAUCUUAGAUUUUUGCCAGAGCGUUUCAUUUAUUGGUUGCUAUGUUGUUACAAAAUUCUUUAAUUUCCCAUCCUCAUUGUUUGCAAGAGGCUUUUGUUUUAUAUGAGUUAAUGCAAAGCCCAGGCAGCUGUUAAGUAAAAGAACACACUGCCUGAUUGUCUUUAAAUGACUGAGGGUAAUGGUUAUGAUUCUUAAUCAAAACUAUCAACGCAGGAUUGAUGAUUAUCCCCAUUCUACUGUUUUCCUGCUAUCCCAAUGCGUUGUUUACAUGGCCCAAUGAAAAAUGAUAUCCCAGGUGUAUUUUUUGUAAACAUUCAGCGACCUGUUCUGCUCCCCAUCCACCAUGUAGUAAUUGAAAAUAAACAUUUCACAAGGCCUACUUCAUGUCAUCCAAACAGAACAAGCUCUUUCUGCUGUAGUUCAGUCAAUGUCAGUGUUGUGCAUAUUAAUAGCACACGCUUACAUCAUGUUCAUAUUUAAAAAAAUUCUCCUUGAUCUUAAUGUUAGACCACGUAAACUGCCUGCAAAUGUGAUGUGUUCUCUGCAGUGUUCUUUAAAAUAUAUUCAUGAAAAGUUUCCUUAAAUAGUACAGACUAAUCAAUUUCAAAUGUCAGCAUGUCGUCCUACAUGGAUCUAUUCUCAGGCAAGAAAUGACGAUCAAAAAUCAAAUGUGAUAGGAGAUCAAAGGAAUUGUGAUACUCCCACAAAUAUAAGGUGCUGCAUUUCAUUUUUUAUAUUUCAUGUAGAGAUGCACUCAACUGGGUUUUUUUUCCAAUGUCUGAUUUGCCAAUAUUUUGACUCAUUUUGGCAAAUACCAAUAGUGACACAGAUCCAAGUCCAUCAUGGCCAGUGGAAGCUAACAUCUUCCACCAUGCUGACACGCAAGGUCCUUUCACACCGGGACCGUUUUUGUCGUGCGAUUGUUUCGGACGUCAAUAUUUUUUUUUAACCCGUAUCCUGUCAAUACAAGCGUUCACAUCAGCGACGUUUUCCUGCCUGCAAUGUUGCGGCAUUUAUUUUUUCGGAUCAUGGUCGAAAUUUUUGCGUUUCGCAUACUGUGUCCACUUCUGACCAAUCAAAUGUUGUUGCGACGUCUGAUUCACAGGUAUAUCCAACAUUGCCGAUCGGCUGAUUAUUUACGUGUCUGAGAACAGGGAUCUUUAUGAUAAAAGACACAAACAUUACAAAGAUAACGACCUGAAGGACAACAUAGCAUCCAAUCUCUCACAUGACGAUGGUUUGUGUGCUUUGACAGUUUGCUAAACGCCUCUGUUUUAACUUUCAUCUGUGCUAAUGUAGCUAACGGUUGUUACCAUAGUCCCAUGUGCUUAUCUUAUCGCCUCUGAUUGGCUAUGUGCUGACCGAUUGGCUUGAGUGUGUGAUGACUUUUACAGCUUUUCUAGCCAGUCAGAGGCAAAGGAGGCGGGACUUUCCUCGGUGCAUCUUUUCCCCCUGGAAAGUCGUAAAAUCGCAUCGGGCUUGAUGUGUAUAGUCAGGCCCGUCAAAAUUCACCUCCGAAUAUUUCGUAAAUUCGCGUUCUAUAUUCGUGUCGGCCCCGGUGUGUAAGGACCUUAAGGCUGGUUUUCAAGAGCAGUGUAUCAGUGACUUUCCAUGAAGAUCCCUCACCUCUGGUAGUUCACUGCAUUACUUCUUAGCUGAAUGACUGAAGUCAAGGCUGCUGACAGGUCAACACUGGCACAGAUGCUUUAUAUUUGUUUUUUGUUUUUUUUCCAACUUGUUGGUGUUGUUCAGGGUGAUAGUUCUUCGAAAAACUUGAUAGUUAAUAUCUCGAAGCUUGGUCUUGUGAGCAUGAGCUGUCGUGUGUGUGUAAUUGUUGCACAACGUUAUCUACCAUAAAUAUUAGCAGAAACUUUCAAUUCUGUUGAUUCUGUUAACUAACUCUUGAAGCUUCAAUCAGCUGGUAACAAUAUAGUGCUGAUGAUAUUGUGAUUCACAUGACAUAUAAUGUGUCUAAUUGUUUAAAUACCCACCAGUUUUGUUUCAAGAGAGUGAUGAGCUUUUUCAAAUAGCAAUUAAAUUCUACAAGCAGUAUAAUUAAGGAAUGUGUUUGGCUGUAUUUCACCUUUAUCUACAAAUAGAUAAUUGAAAGUGUAAUACUGCUGAAUAUGUACUUCAGGGUCUAUGUUUUUCACAAAGAAAGUUUUAUUUUUCUGUUUGUUGUACAUAUUAAGUCAAUGUUGUGUUGACCCAUAGCAUUUAAUCAAGUUCUGGUUUGUGUGAAGAGUAAAAACAGUUUGAUUCCUCUCUGUGCAAUUUGUAAAUUUACCUCAGUCAUAUUGACCAAUGAGAGCACAGAGCGCUCUGCAUGUGCUGGAGUUAGAAGCAUAACAAACCAAAUGGUGAGGCAAGAAAGGAAUGAGGAAGUCAGUACUGCAAGAUGAAACUAUAAAACAAAGUAAAAGUUUAUCAAGCAGUCACAACAAAAUCCCUGCCUUUGUAAUGUGUUGUAAAGAGACGACCAUGACAGACUGCAAAGAAGAAACCUUCUGGAGAAAUAGACGUGCUGUAGCAACCUGGAGAAUAGCUGCUUCUGUGUCCUCUUGCCAGUCAUGAUGACUGGCCAUGAACGGUCAUGUAGUCUGUCAUGUCUGUUGGUUAAGUCACAGCUUAGUUUUAUGGCUCUGUGAUGGCUGAAUCUGACACAGUGACCAGAUUGUGUAUUCUGACCGCCGCAUUACAUGGUGCAAAUGGCAACUGUGAUGCAUAGUAAGCAGACAGCUAGCUCAUGACGCGGCUGCUAAUGAAGCGACUUCUGCUUCUCCCUGAAGGCACAGAAAAGCUCAGAAAAAAGGAAAGUGGUGGGCACAUUGUGAAGCUAAAUGGCAUUGUACCGUCCACCCCUCCUAUCAUAACAGCCUAAUCAUUUUCAGCAGUUUCUAUAGUCGUCGAGUAAAUUCAUUUUUUUAUGUUUUCAAUGUUGCUUGUAAGUUUGUGUCUUCCCCAUGUUCCUCAGUUUUUUAUAAUGCAGUGUAUUUUAAAAAUACAACAGAGUAUUAGGGCCACAUUAAGGAAAACAAAAAAAACCCCUUUGAGAUUAAAGUCGUUAAUUUAUGAAAAUAAAGUAAUUACUAAAGAGAAUCGAGUUAUAAUGAAAUCAUUAGUUAUGUGACUUUUUUUUAUGAGAAUAAAAUUGUAAUAAAGUUAUUUAAGAGAAAAAAAUCAUAAAGUCAUAAUUCACGAGAAUCAAGUCAUUAUUUAUGAAAAUGAAUGAAGAAUGAGAAUGAAAAUGACUAUUAUGAAUUUUUUCUUGUUAUUAAUGACUUUAUUCUCAUAAGUUAAAAACUUUAAUCUCUAAGUGUUGACUUUUUUUGCUUAAUGUGGCCCUGAUACUCAGCCCUUUAAAGAAAAAAAAAAAUCUUUUUUCCCUUUCUUCCCAUUUAGCCGAUUGCAUAUGUGUAGAAUGAAGGAAAAAGGCUUUACCUUUUUGUGUGUAUGUGAGAGAGAGACAAACAGAUGGGAGAAUUAGGCUAAUAACACAUUGGACCACCAUUAAAUCCACUACAUUUGUGGUUUGUCAUAGUUUCUCUAUGUACAUACUCUGCUAAGCACUAAGUGGUGUAUUUCUCCCUGCUGUGUUACUAAACAGCCAUAUGAAAGGCAGGCAGCCAUGCUGCACCUGUCCCCCUAAGUCCAGACACUCAGCCUUUGGGUAACAUGACAGACGUCCCUGGUCUGGACCACGAGCUCGAGCUGCUUUGCUUGUAUUUAUAGCCACUAGCUCCCAGCCGGGAGCCACAGGGAAUAUAACAACAGAGAAAAGGAGAGAGCAGUGGGACUACCAGUCAGUGAAGUGAGUGGGAUAAUCGGGUGAGAGGGCAGAAGGGGAAAGGAGUUGUAGGAAACAUGUCUGAGAUAGGAAAGUAGGCAAGAGAGCAAAAUGCUGAAGACUUUGCAGAAAAUUGCAUGUAAACCCCUGAAGAAGAAUCAAAGUGUUGAGACCAUGCAGCGACUGAUCCAGUUGGUACAACGUAUUCCUUCCAGUCACAACAUUUCCAGUAUGGCUGUUCAAUUCAGCAAUUCAGCCAUAUAUUUCAUCCCUGUCGAUGUAUCCUCAUUUCUUUUUUUAAUAAUGAAGGGCCAAUUAUUAAUUAUCCCAUGAAUAGUUUUAGUAACUGUUCAACUGUUCAAAGGCCAAGGGGCAAAUGAUUAAAAUCAAGGUAACCCCACUGAAGUGCGCAGACUUCCAAUAAUGGACACAAGUUCUGAUCAGCUUAACUUUCCUAAUAACUGAUAUCUACCAUCAGUAAAACACAAAGAACACUGACUCAAAAGACUGAAUGAAACUCUGUAUUUUUUUGCACUGAGAAAAGACUGUCAAUGCCAACUUGCUCUGAAGGCAAGAAGUAGAGGAAGAGGGUGCCCCAGGGUGGCUCAGUACACUUGUCUAUGGUAUUUUUGCACUGCUUUGUCUGUAAAUGGUUAAUUAUUGGUGCCACUUCUUAUUAACUUUAGCCAUGGAUUCGUGUUAAAUGUUAUUGCAGGAAAUUAGCUCUGUGACUGCAGACAGUAUCUUCUACACUGAGGUGGGGAGUAACCAGUGUAGACUUUGCUUUAGAAACUGGCUUCUUAGAGCUGUUUGGUAGCAGAAGAGUUAGGUUCUUGUAGAUCUAAAUGAUCUGAAUCCUUACAAAAGAUCCUGAAUUCCCAUCGCUCGCAGCAUUUACGCUGAGGUUUCUCAACUAAGAAAGAAGAAAAAUGCAAAUCCUGCCCUCAUAGAUCGUGGACAACUUCAGCAAAAUUAACAGUCUUCGUAGAUUCAAUCCAUGGAUCUUUGUCAAAUUUCUGAAGCACCGACUGGAUUUUAGUGUCUCCACCUCAACAGACAUCACCAUCUCUACAUCCAGAUAUUGUGAGGCAGCGUCUGUACAGUGUUGAUGUCUGUCACUUCAAGAGUUGAAUCUGGCAUCUUGGGUUUUUAGUCUUCAAUUGACUGUAAGCUGGAAUGCUCUCAAAGGAGUAGACGGAAACACAAGUUGGUGACGCCACACCAAUCAUACUCUGUGGUUGGCUUGUUUAUACAGCAGCAUUUCAUUUUUGCAGUUAUCGUGAUAGAUCAGAUCGAGCUUGGUUGAAACACUGCGUCAUUAUUAUAAAAAAAGUGCAGAAAGGCAAAUAUUACUGUGUGAUUGAAUAAUCUCACAGUAAUAGGAAAGGAAUUGCUAAGAAUGAUCUGUGGGAGACCCCCAGAGCCUCCUACUUAAUUGUUCAAUCAUACUGACUAACACUUUUUGAUAAAAACAGAGAAAUAUAUACGUCAAAUUAUCAUGUGCAGGGUUUCAUCCAGCUGUGUGGGAGGGCAUUCAUUUUCACUGUUCAUUUUAUGUUUAUGUCCAUCGACAAUGCUAGCAUAAGCUGCAAAGUCGUCCUGUUGGUGUAUUUGUGUAAAAGUCUUUAGACUUCAUCCUGAUGAACUUAUGGAAGAGUGUAAAUUCUCCUACUGUGGAAUAACUGUCCCAUUUAUCCUCCUUCCGCCAGGAUGGAUAUCAAAGCAUUAGCCUUCUACUGUCUUUUUUCUAAUGCAUGUAUUUAUGAGACAGAAGUGGACAGCUGCAAUACAUUUACAUAUUAUCUAGCUUACAAAAAUUACAUUUAUACAGUGUUCAGGUUUUUAACCCCAGUAGACUUGAACCUGGUCUAUGCUCACAUGUAGGUCCCUUGUGGUUGUGAGCACUCACUUCUGUACAAGAGUGUCUGUGUCGGUCUGCAGAACUCUACUGAAACAUUGGUAGGCAGUGCGAUAUCCAUGCCUGCCAUGUCUCUAGUGUCUGGUCUUGCUUCAGAGUACUCUAGAAUUUUUUUUUUUUUUUGCUGUGGUGGUCUGCGUGUGUAUGUGUUGUCAGUCAGACAACAUCACGUUCAACGUUCAACAAACUUUGCUCUUUUUUCUCACCGACAUCGCUCUGGCUGAUUGCAUGUGUUGAUUCACUCUAAGGAAGUUAACCCAUGAUGCCAUGCAUGCUGCAGGCCAGCGCUGCGAGCCAGGCGGAAAGAGUCGCACGCAAAUGAUCCACACAUUUUAUCUUGUUCAAUGCACACUUUUAUUAAGACAUGACAGUAAAAACGUAAUUUUGCUCCCCCCCCCCCCCCCCCCUUUUUUUUUUUUAAAUAGAAUAAACGAAUAUUAUUUACUAAACGGAUAGUAAGGACAGCGUGGUCGUGGUCUGCAUAGUUUCAUUUUCGUGGAGGUGGGCUGUGACUAUGCCUACAAGCCUAUGCAUAGGGUACAAGCCGUGUGGACCUAUGCAUAGGCUACAGUGUAGGUUUGACGUUGAAGCAUAAACUUGGCUUAGUCCUAGGGACGAGGCCAAAUAAGUGCCUUCUUUAUUGCUCCAAGCAGGAAAGGCAAACAUUUACAAUAAUCAAUAAAAUACCUGACAUUAACAUUAAUCAGCUUCAACUCCAAGACAACACAUUUAGAUUCCUGUGCAAACACAAGCAGAUACUGUGGCAGGACCUGAAACUGGUGUAGCUACAGCAUAGUAGAGAGUAGUACAGAGUAGUACGCCCAGUCCCCCAUCCCCCCAUCCCCCCUCUUUUAGUAGGGGCUCCCUAGACUGCAUGUUGCGCUACCUAACCAUAACAUUGCUUUGCAUUUUUGAUCUCUUGCCAGAUACCCUAGGGGCAAGAUGACAUAGUGUGUGUGUGUGUGUGUGUGUGUGUGUGUGUGUGUGUGUGUGUGUGUGUGUGUGUGUGUGUGUGUGUGUGUGUGUGAAAAAAUGAAUAUAGAGUGAGGCCUGAGCACAUGCAGUUGACUUGAAUGCUGCCUCGACUCUGAGAGCAUCAAUGCUGCUGUUGGUUAGAGAGGAGGAGCAAGGGAGGCAAAGACGGAUGGUCCCUUCAGCUCGGAACAAGCUCUCUCUGCAUGGAGCACCUGCUUGCCUGAUGCCAGGGACAGACAGCAGGCCAGCAUGGCCAAUUGAGGAGGCUGUGUUUACUCAGGGAAGAGCGCAGGCCAAGCGCUCUCAUUAAAGGCAGGGGACUGACUGAAUCUCAAUGAAGACAUCCAGUGGUCGCAGACGCCAGAUGGGAGAGGAAGAUGGCCCCACUCUGUCUGCCCUAAUGUGUCCUCUCCCAGCCUGUUGCAUACAGACUAUGUUCUUUUUAUAGAUUCAGUGUGAAUGUACAGUAUUUCCCAGAUAAGGUGCCAUACCUGAGCCACAUCUACCUCUAGCUUUGCAUCUGUGGUACACUGCUGUCCUAGUCGGCCAUGCCACUACUUGCUACUUCAAUCUAGGCUUUGCUAGCUUCUUUUCUUUUAGUCACUUGUCUUUUGGUGUUUCACCAGCUAAUCGUAUCAUACACUUAUUUACCACUUCAUUAUAAGUGGUAAAUGGACUUAAUCUUCCUCCUGUCUUCUGACUAUUCAAAGCUCUUUUACAUCACAUGACACAUCCACCCAUUCACACCAUAUUCCCACACUGAUGGCAGAGGCUGCUAUGUAAAGCACCCAUCAGUAUCAAUAAAUCACCUACCAAAGGAUGCAACCAGUGAGUGUAAAUGGAGUCAAGUGUCUUGCCCAAGGACGGUUUGUGGGAGACAAACAGUGGGACCUGGGAUUCAACCCCAACCCUCCAAUUGGGAGACUUCCUUUACCACAGCUGCCCCUUUGUUAAGAACGACAUCAGCUGAAUAAGAAUCAAGAUCAUAGCUUGUUACAGACAUGUUAGACAAUUUGUGAAGGAAGACAAUAUCACUUUGAGUAUGCCUUUCACUGCUUGGAGCUCUGCCCUUUAAGCACUUUAAGAGGUUGCGUGAUUACAGAUUGUUUCAGGUUACUGUAAGGGAAAUGUAAUCAAAGAAGUUCUGGUGAAAUGACAGGGCAGGACUUAGGAGCAACGUCAUUGGUGAAUCAUGAUUAAAACAUCAUUUCACAAGAUAAAUUUUGGUCAGUGUUAUAUAACAGAUCUAUCAAGUAUCCUAUCACACAGUACAAACAGAAAAUCAGUGUCUGCAUGUUUGCAGAUCACAAACUGGUGCAUGAAGUACAACAGGCUACAUAUAGUGUGUGCCCACUUCUGUCACCAAACAUUGUAUGACCUGCAAAGAAUGAUGAGAACAAGGGCGCAUGACCGUUUUAGCAGAAGGACAGUUGUUUUUGAAGUGCAAGACAAUGAGCAAAACUGUGAAGACAAUAACAUGGACAAACAGAAUAGUCAAUAAGACACUUAAGUUGUCACAAAAAUAAUGUUCAUAGUAUGUGUAGUGUGUUGGUAUGGUUGGUUUUUGCUUGUGCAUGUAGGAGGAUGUAGGAUCUGUAAGUUAUGUGCCUUUUGUGGAUGUGAGAAAACGGAAAAUGGAUUCUGGAAAGUCGUGUGCAUGGAUAGUCAGCAGAGGAAAAUGAAAAGAAGGGUAUAGAGCUUAUGAUCUGAUAUAAUGUUAACAACAUAAAAUAAUGCUUAACAAUGAUAGUAAUAACAAUACAAUAGCAGAAAUAUACAACAUUUAACUGACACACCUGUCUGUUAACCAUCAUAUUUAAGGAAAUUGGCAGCAAGAAGUGGUUGUUAGACGACUAGACCACUGGUGAACUGAACUCUUUAACAUCCCUCACUCACUGAAGAGUGAAAAAAAACCUUUUUAACUUUAGGGCUUUAAUUUUAGUCUUCAAAAUAUAGAAUUUCUGCCAUUUUGGCUCUCCUAACCUGGGAAAAUACUGCACAAACUGAAAACACAUUUUUGCAACGAAACAUCAUGAUGCAGAAUGAAUGCUGUAAAUGACUAGGUAAAGGGGUGGGAAUCACUGGUGGCUCCAAGAUACUGUAUUAUCGCGAUACUUGGGCCACCACACGAUACUAUCACGAUACUUGGGCCACCACAUGAUACUAUCAUGAUACUUGAGCCACGAUACCAUAUUAUCGCGAUUCUCUGGCCACAAUACUAUAUUAUCACAAUACUUUGACCAUGAUACGAUAUUAACACGAUUCUUGCGCCACAAUAUGACAUGAAUGGGAUUUUUAAGAUUUUGCAAUACAGUGAGUAUUGCGAUACAAUAUAUUGCAAUUUAUUCAUUUUUUUCAACUGUUAAGCUAAUCCAACAUUUGUCUUUCCUUUAUGUUUGUCUUAUUUACACAGUAUUUUAUUUUCAUGUAGCACAUCUUGCAAACCUUAUAUAUUUUUGUUGUACUAACUUUCUCCUGCUCUAUGAUGUCACCUCUGCCAACCUCACUGGACAAACAUUUGAUUUUAUUUUUCCAUUGUCUUAGACUUGAUUUCAUAUUAACAAUUAAUUUGAAAAAUCGAUUCUUGGUAAAUGAGACAAUAUGAUAAAUCACUAGACAAAAUAUCGCAAUACUAUGCUGUAUCAAUUUUUUUUCUCCCACCUUGAGUAUAGACCAGAAGUUACCUUAUCAUUCUGGAUCACCUGCCCUUAGGGUCACUUUCCUCCCCCGGCACACUGUUGCAUUUCUGGGCAUGAAUGGGAGAAGUGGCUGUCAACAGACUGCAGAACAUAUCAUGAACUAACAUACAACCAAGCUUUGCACACAUUCAGGGAAAAUAACAGCAAGGCAUAAGAUGAUGGAGCUCACAGACAGCUGAGACGUAACAUCUUGUAAUCCAACUUUGAGAGGAUGUCAAAAAAACUUCACCUUCUUAGCUGCUUCAUGAUUGUAUUCAGCUAAAAGGGGAUUUCCUGGUGGUCUUACUGGUAGUGUGGACACACGACACAUCACCACUGCCUGUUUCAUAAACUCAUCAAAGUGUGAAUGCCCUGAGUUGGCUGAAUGGCUGCAGAGCUCACUGACAUUAAACUACCUAAUUAACUUUUCAGUUUAACUCAUAAAAGUUCAGAACAAAAGAAAAGUAAGCGGUGGUAUUCUUUGGAGAGGAUAGCCUGUAUUGCACACACAGACCUCUCAUUUUUCUUGCUGUCUCAGUCACUUUAUCUCAAACAAAUCAUGGCUCCCGUGGCUCUCAGCGUUGUCACACCAUCCAGAGGUGUGAGCAUAAAUAUUCCUCCACCUCCCAGCAGGAACUGUGAGUGCUGCUGGAUUCUCUCUCUUGUCACACUGUGUUUGUCAGUGUGUUUGUCAGCCAGUAGCGAUGCUCUUAUUAGUGUGCUGCGUCUUGUUUCUGUCUAAUGGUACGGAAUGAGCGUGCACGUUGCAGCUUCACACACAGUGCAGCAUGUUGGCUCAUAAACAUCCACGGAUUUAGAAUCACUUCACCAUUUUUGUGUAAGAAAGGCUGCAGUCAGGGAACAGUAGAACAAGCUGUUUUCUUUUUUAUCCAAACCAUAAGUUGAUUUGCCCGGAGUACAUGAAUAAUAUAUCAGUACCCAACGCUGACUGCUUAAUGUGAGGUAAUGUAGAUCCAGGAGGGUGUUUGUUAUUGGCAGUUUGAAGUUAAUCUGUGUACGCUCAUCAAAGGCAAUCCAAGCAGCACACGUGAACCUCUUCAAACUCUCAAAGCAGCUCAAUUAAUCACUGUUUUCUUCUCUUUUUGCUUUAGACCUGGGGUCACUAUCAUGGGAUGACUUGGAGAACGACCUUCCAGAUGAGUUGAUCCCCAAUGGAGGAGAUCUUAGCCUGAUGGGUGGAAUGCCUUCAAAUGGUGGAGCAGCACCUGGAGCUGGUGGGCCAGCAGGCACCCCUGUGGGACUUGGUGGUGGUGGCCCUGUCGUCCCAGAUGCAGCCGCCAAACACAAGCAGCUUUCAGAGCUCCUUCGAGCAGGUAGCACCCCCAGCAUCACUGGCACAGGGCUUAACUCGGCAAGUCCUCAGCCAGGUGGGAUGGGACCUCAGCUUGGUACACCAUUGGGAAAGAGCCCCCUUGGCCAGGGCUCUCCCAACAACCACCCGUCCCCUCAGGCCCAGAAAGCAGGAACACCAACAGGAGUAGCAGGACAGAACAACAACAAUAAUACUGCUACAAUGGGCCUGAACACAACAGGCUUUAACCAGGCCAUGAUAAACAAUAAUCAGGGCCAUGCUGCACUCAUGGCCCAAGGGGGACAGCCACAACCUGGGCAGGUGAUGAAUGGUGGUCUUGGACCUGAUGCUGGACGGGGACGAGGAGCAGGAGUGGCAGGCAUGCAGUACCAGGGGCAGACAAUGCAAGGUGCUGCUCCAGGACCUGGAGGAGCAGGGAGUGCAUUGGCAGAGACACUUACCCAGGGAGGACAGCAGAUGGGGACUCAUGCAAACCUGAGUGCAGCCCAGCAAGCAGGAAACAUGAACAAGGUGAGUCCCACAACCAUUUUUCAAUGUGAUUUUGAGUUGCUUUGGCAACAUGAGAAUCAUUUGCAUUUAAUGAACUUGAAAAAUCUUUUUAACACUUCCAUACCCAUAAUAUCAGACACUAAUAUCUUUGUAGCUUUGCAUCUCAAUUUGAUGUAAUUUUAGUCAGUUUUAGUCAGACUAAGACAACGUGGAGUUUUAGUUUUUGACAAAAGGUGACUGUAUUGACUGAUACCUGCUUACUGUCCACUCCAGCACUGACUCUUCAAACCGAUUUGCAAAUCUACAGGUGUCUCUUUGCUGCUAACUAAUGUGCUUUAUUUCACCAAAUAACCACCACAUUUAACACUUGCCUUCUAUGAACACACACUCAUCAUGUACAUGAUUGACUCAUCUUAACAAGUCUUGUUGACAACAAAUGGAAAUCACUGUAUCUAUUGCAUCAACUUGACGUGAAAAAGGCUGAUUUUCAAUAAUUAACUUGCUAGUCUCGAGGCCAAACUAUAGGCCUGAUGGAUUCAAAGGCAAGAAACAUGAUACGGCCAAAGCAGGAGUUCAAAGCUGUAGAUCUAUAGUGAUUUACCAGUUACAAUUGAGUUUAAAAUAUCUGGUUAACCGAUCAAAAGGCUGAUGUCCAAAAUAAGCCCUUUCUUUAAGAUAAAAAAAAACCCUUUAAAAUAGGGAUGGGCCUUUUAAGAAAGUCCUUUGAUCGAUUAAUCAUAAAUUCAUGAUCAAUCGUCGAUUUGAUUAUUUUUUUAAUUUGAGUGGUAGAAAAUACAUAAAAAACAUGUUUUUCCUCAUUGAAAUUACCCACUCACCCCCACCUUCCCACCCAACUACCCAACUGUUGUUCAGGAUUGUACACUACAUGCUCACUCCUGCUUCCUACCUGCCCGGCUUCUCAUUCAUGAAAUGCUAAAAUCAGGGACAUUUUUGGCCAAGGACAGGUCAUCCAAAACGGGGACUGUCCUCUGAAACUGAGGAUGUCUGGUCACCCUAUAGAUCCCUAGCAAGGAGCUGAUAGUAGGUUGAGACUGAGAGCACUUGGAGGAUUGAUUAACCUCAGUCGGAUGUAUGUGGUUCAAGUGCUACAUCAUUGGAGUUGUUGUUGAGUUUAUCUUGUACACGGUAUCACAGUGUUUGUGGUAAACCUUGUCAUUUUUCCGCUUGAAAUGGUCCCAAACCACACUUUGUCCUGCUCUCCGCAUGUUUUUUUUCCCGACCUCACACCCCUUGUAAAAUGGCAAAAUCCCUCCACACUGUGAUAGUUAGCUUUCUUUAACACACACACACACACACUGACUGGUCAAAGAGGGUAUCUCUCCCGAUCAGCAGGUGUUGAUCUUUGCUGGGAAGCAGCUGGAGGAAGGAUGCAUGCCGUCAGCCCUUUUUCAAUAAUGUUAGAUUGAUCGAAAUUUUGUGCGAUCGAUGUAAUUCUUAACAAUCAAUUAAUCGAUCAUCGAUUAACCAUGCCCAUUGCUACUCUAAAGUAAAAUGCUGCACUCAUUUAAACAACGCACUGUCUAAAUGCUACACUGACAAAAAAAAACUUGAAUAUCUUCAUCAGCGGAGUAAUGCAGACUCCAAUGCUGCACGUUUCUUCUUUUUGCAUGUCUUCUGUAUCUUAAACUGUUCGUCUUUCAUUAAGUUUAUCUUGCAACCUUUUCUCAUUCCUACUUAAUUCUCAGAUUCCUUAGAGAUGAACUGUGCACUCCACAUUUGAUGAUUCUUUCUUCACUUUGUAAGAGGAUAUCAUUGACACCACUGUUUGGUGGUGGUUAAGAUUAGUCUUGAGACGCUUAAACAAGGGUUUGCUUUCAGGAGCUCUUGCGGCCUUUGGCUGUUCAUACCCAAGCUUUGCCACCAGUGUGGUUUCACAGGAAGUAAGAAGGAAGCCAUGUAUUAUGUAUGAGAGCCAAGACACUAAAGCCAAAAGUAACCACAACACACAGACAGAUGCUGCUAGUGCUGAGAAGAGAUAGUGAAUUCGUGCAGUCACUCAGUCUCCGAUGGAGAUGCAGACACACACACACGAGCCUUAACCACAAGAAAGAUUCAAAGCUGAUUUUGACAUUUCCGACAGACUGACUGGUAGUAUUUGCAAGGGAAGUGUGUGUGUGUGUGUGUGUGUGUGUGUGUGUGUGUGUGUGUGUGUGUGUGUGUGUGUGUGUGUGUGUGUGUGUGUGUGUGUGUGUGUGUGUGUGUGUGUGUGUGCGGAGGAUUGCCAGUCUCCUGCUAUUAUGAUGUCAUCAACACUUGCAUAGAAAGUAAGCGCUGGGCCUUUGUGUGGUUCCUGCUAUUGUCCUGUAAUCGCUGGUUGUAAACCUUUUUUAGCACUUUGUGCGGGUUAGAGGCUGCUGUCACUAACCCCCUGCCCCUUUGUGACUGUGUACCCAUGAACACUCCCACCUGCUCUCUUCAGCCUAUUGGAUGGCUGCUCUCCCUGUCAGUCACUUGGGGGAUGACAGGUAUUGUAAACCACUUAAUCAGUUAGCAUGACAGAGGGCGGGUGUGAUGAGGAUGAAGGAGUGAGGGCAGCUCAGCUGAAUAGUCUGGCCUGGCAGCAGAGCGCUGAGAUGAUAGUUGGCAACUGUCCUGCCUGCCGAUGUGUGGAGUGUGUCAGAAAGCAGCCGACUGAAUGAAUGGGAAGGGUGAAGAGGAGGGGGCGUAACUGUGUCUGUGUGUGUGUGUUUGAGUGCAACUGUGUGUGUCAGCCUUGCUCAGCUGUGUUGAAAGGCUGCCAGUGUCUGGUCGUCUCAGCUGGGUCCUUUUUAUCUGGUCUGUUGGAGCAGUGUCAACAGCCUUAGGGGAUACAGCCCGGCCUGGCAUGGUAGAGUCUGGUCUCCCAGCAGCUCUGAGGAUGAGAGAGCCGCAGCAAGUUGAUCCGCGUGUAACUCAUCAUAGUACUACCAAGGAAUCCCCUCAACAUAUUUCACACCUCAAUGUAUGCUGUCAAGGUUCUUAAUUUUUGUAGAUAAUUAUAAAAACACUCAUUGUAGUAUGUUAUGUUUGAUUUUUUUAAUGAAAUACAACUUUUUAAUCAUGAAUAGGACAUAAUCUACCAAAGAAAACUUGGCUGCCUGAAUUUACACUUACUCUUCACUCAUUUGGCAGGUUGUUUUAUGUUGUCUGAGAUUAACCUAACCAUAAUUUAGAAGAGCUCACCUCAGUAGUUUUGUAAGCGUUUUAUAAAACACUACCAAAGGAAAUACGGUGAGUGCCAAAUUCCAGCAAAACAUCACAGCUUUCCAAAGAUGCAUGAGCCAUUAUGUAAUCAAGUUACAAAGACAAAAAGGGGUUUUUGUCCUAUGCAGUCAAACUUUAAGUCAACCUAUUAUUAGACUAAACCAAUUGCAAUAUUCACAUUUAUAUAUGUGUCCAGUAGUUAAACACUGAACCAUCUGACCUCAGACAACCUAAGGGAAAAAAAAAUAACAAACAAAGCCAUGCAUUCUCACUGUUUUGAGAUGAUAUGCCUUGCAACCUGUCAAACUGUGAAAUGCAAAGUGCUGUGAGCCAAGUUCACACUGGACCUGUCUUCAGGACUAAGAAGACACACUGCUGACACUUUGACAUAGUGUCAGUUACAGUAAUUGGAGGUGGACAGUUUGUCUCUUUUGAUAUGAGAGAGUCGAAAGUCCUGAUGGUUGUUUCACUUUCUUCCUCUUCAAACAUAGGGUUGUUAAUAAAACCCAAAGAAAGGAGUAAAAUAUGUUGUAAGAGUUUCAUUUAGAAUUAGGGAUGCACCGAAAAUUUGACGUCUGAAAAUCGCCCAAAAGUGCAUUUUCGGUUUUCGACCAAAAGACAUUUAUCACCAAAACAAUAUGGCCGGAUGUUGUGAUGGCGGAAGUAGAAACUGCAGCCAGCAUGUGCUUGUCUGGAUAAGAGUCAUCAUGUCUGCAGUGUGGACGUAUUUGAAUGUAUCUGAGAUCCACAGAUAGUGAUUAGCAUAGCAUGUAAUGCUGGAAGAGAAGGUGCAUCCACAAAGAGUUUCUUAAGAUCAGGUUUUAUUUAUCACCUGAAGUCCAAACAUCUCAAUCGCCAUUCUGAAUAAUAGAAGAACGUGGCACAAAGGCACGCCUACUCUGUCUGUGGCAUUUGCAGCCUAGUACACAAGUGGAUGCUGGGGGAAGUUAAACUUCUUCUCGCCUUCAUUCAUUUACUCAACAGAAAUCAACAUUAAAAAGCAACUGAGCUCCCACUCUCUGCAAAACACAGUGACACUCCUUCUUCCUCUAGCUGCAUCUCUACCGCUCCCAACACUUCUUCUCUUAGAACUUUUCAGUUGUUUUUGCCCCUAACUUGCUCAUGCCAUCUAAAGGUGUAAACAACACAGAACAUGCAGCAACACACUAACUCAAAAACUCACUUUAUAAUUGCAAGAAUUAAUAUUAAUUUAAUAUGAAUUAAUGCAAUUGCAAAGGCCUUUAUUUCAGUGAGGUUAGUACACAGUCAUUGCCUUAAAUGCAAUGGGACUAAUAAUUGGCAUAAUAAUUUCUUUCGGUGUUUAGACCUUGCUUUUCGCAUUUUUGGUUUUGGGUUUCAAGCAAGUAUUUUCGUUUUGGUGCAUUCCUAUCUAUAAUCAAUGUUGAUUUCUGACAUGAUUCAAAAGGACAGUAGGUUAGGCCUCCCCUAUUCUUCCCUCCUUUUCUUUGGUCCUCAGGUGGUCCUUGAAAAGUUGAGAAAACAGUCUUUAUUCAGUGUAUCCAGACCUGAAGAAUGAUUUUCUACUCAUGGGUUGUAAGACAUUUUAAUUCUGAAUGAAUUCUAGGAAUAUCCUGAUCCUGACCUCAACUAUCUGGUUUGGGCUGAUCUUGGCUUUUUCUUAGUCAAUCGGUGAUCAGCACUUUGAGCUGAUCAUCUCACCUUAUCUUUCAUGUCUGCCAUCACUGAGCACAGUUAGUGCAGAACCAGGCUCAUUAGUGUGAGAGAGCAUUUGAGGUUUGUUUACCAGUUCUAUAGGAUAAAAAUAACGGGUAUCAAUGAGGCACUCCAGCACAGCUUUCACUUAAAACCUGCCAGGUUACAGUCACAACACCUGCUCUAUAGCAGCCUGUGUUACCUCUUCAGGGAAAAAGGAGAAAAGAAAAACACAGGACAGUCUGUGACUUUAGCACUAGCAACCGUUUGGCAAAACUCUCAGCAGCGUAGAAAUAAUUUAGACUAGACAGUGAAAUAUCCUACAACCAUUCACAAUGUACAGUCAGUUCACAAGGCGAUAGCAAUGGAGCUGUGAUCAAUUUGAUACGACAUCUGAGCAUGCAACAGAAUACAGGAAGUGAACCAAAGUGACAGAGGAAAAGGCUGCUGAGCUGAAACAACAAACUCUGGACAUUUAAAGGAAGAUCUGAAGAAGAGAGUGAAAAGGCUUUCUGUAGGAGAGAAUAGAUUCCCUUUUAUAAGGAUGGGAAUUGAUAAGAUUUUAUCAAUAUCGGUGCCAUUAUCGAUUCUGUUUAUCGAUUCAAUUCUUUAACGAUUCCCUUAUCAAUGCCUUUCUUUCAUUAAAAAAAAUAAAGUAGACUAUAGGUUUUCACCAUUAACUCAAAAUUUUAUUAAGUCUCUGAUAAGAGAAACAGAUGUAUGCCACCUUUAGUAAGAGUCUAAAAAUAAUCAAACAAAAAUGCUAUUUGUAUAGCAUUUCUGGCAUUGUGCUUAUGGACAUACGUUAGGGUGACCAUAUUCUGAAUCCCCAAAAAGAGGACACUAGGCUGUGCGGACUCGUGUGCGAAAUUUAGAGGGUUUUUCGUCAAGGUCGAGUGUUUCAUAUGUGCGUCUAACUCAGUUAAACACAUAUUCUGAAUUUCCAAAGACAGAAGUGCAUGCUGCGUCAGUGGCGAAGUGAAGUGAUCAGAGAGGCUGUUUUAUAAUGAAUGAAUACGCGUUCCGGACAUUUGAAGGAUUUUAUAAACUCCCCCGGACAGCCCCCCAAAGAGGACAUGGGUAAAAAAAGACGUAUGGUCACCCUAACAUACGUACCUUCCAUGCCAUGCUGAGACGGAGCUGCAGCGGCUGACAAACCGGUGUUGUUAACAGGUGUUGUGCAGUAGAAUGCACGCCUGACGGGAGCGCGGUUGAAAGUACAUAACAAGGCGAAAUACUGCAAGUUUUCCUUAACAUUGGGUGGAUUCAAAAGCCUGUGCCUUUAAUGAUUUCAUUCAGGCUAUUCAGAUAAGCCGAAAACAAUAGCCCUCUGAUUCUGAAUAUUUGCUGUCGCGAAAAUAUAUGUUCUCUACCGUGACAGCUUAUACACCCAAGUACACCUCUAUGUGUGCAUUUUCGAGAAACAUAAAAACAGAACGAAAGUUUGCUGCUCCAUUUGACAUGUUGUCAUGAUCCAAUACUCGUGUUUUUUUUUAAAAAUAUGACCAAAUUCUCUUCCACUGUAAGAAGCUAAUAAGUGGAUGGGAUGCAGGAGGUGCAUUGACAUAACACUGGCGGAGAGCAAUAAAUACAUGUGACUUCUUAGAUUUGAUUUUGUGCCCCAUUGACAAAUGUUUAAGUAUGUUGCUGGUGUUUCCACCUUUGCAUGUUAUCACUGCUCGAUAAACGUUGCACUGUUGUCGUCUUUCUUAGUAAAAAUGAGCCACGCUUUAGCUUGUUUCUGCCUACUUUUCGUACCAUCCGCCAUGUUUUUUUCUCUUUCUCUGUACCCGUUCGCGUAGAGUGGCUAAGAUAAUAUGUAAAUGAUGUCGAUGGAUUGAACCAUUUGGAACCAGUUCUAAACAAGCGCUGGUUCUCGAUUCCUAUCCCUAUCCUUUUAUUUUUAUUUUUUUCACAUUUUCAAUCCCAACUUUCCACCGUGGCUUUUAUUAAGAACAAUAUCCAUUUCCUCGCCUCCUGAACAUAUACUGGUGAUGUGUUGGUCACAAACAACUCUGCUUUAAGACCUAGUUUUUGUACUUGAAGGUUAUAAGCCAGCUCCUGUUUGAGAGCUGGUUAGAUUUUUCUGCUUUUUGUGUUUUCAUCUACAACAGAAUAAAGAUACGAUCUUCUCUCCACACUGUUCAGCCUCAGACACACAAAAUGUUCUCAUGAAGAGCUGUUAGGGUGAUGAAAGGGUGGUGUUUUAUUGGAAAGUUGAGCCAAAUGAUCAGGAUUAUGUAAAAACUGCAGCCAAUAUGAUAUUUUUACUGUUGUUGUAAAGCAGCCCUCGCCACCCCUACAACCAGCCCAGACCACCAGGAAUUGCUCUGCUGAUUAGGGAGAAGUGUCUUUAAAUGUUGUGUUUUGAGCUCAGCAUCAUGUUAUCAUAUCUUGAUUUGAGGAUUCGGUGACCCCUUGCUUACAUUGCUAAAAGCAGCAAAAGUAUGAGCAGUAGUUUGGAAAAACAUUUUACUUCUCGUUCUGUCUUUCGCUGAUGUAGAGUGCAACUGCACUAUCAGACAUUCAGAAUACUGUCCAAAUAUUAUCUGUAGAGUUAAAUCUCAGCUGUAUGCAAUGCUUUUACUGCUAACCAGCUUAAGAAAAGAAAGAAAGAAAAAAAAUAGCACAAUGGAAAUGCUUCACCAGUUGAUGGCCUGACAAACCAACAUGCCGAUUACUGGUAUCAUGCUGAGCUGUCAUGGUGCCAGAGCUCUGGUUUUAGUUAAGAGGGAACCAGGCAAAGUAAUCCUGGCACAGCCAAUACAGAGCUGGCUUCAGCAGAGGGGGUCUUGUUUUUGGACAAUUUGGCAGUCAUAUGUGGGUGAAGCUGCCAUUGGCACAUUGGUGUUAUUUGGAAAAAAGUUAAAGGUUAAUGAUAACCCCCAAAACGAAAAGGCGUCCAUUAGUGCUGGACGAUAAUUCGAUAACAAUAUAUAUCGAUCGAUAGACGUGUGGUGCGAUAGAAAAAAAACGGGUCGAUAAAAAGUUCGAUAGAAAAAACACAGUUUCCCUUUUUUUUUCAUCAUAGCCUAUCAUGUAGCUUUUACUACAGUCAUUACUUCCUCCCAACCAAUCACAAACGCAGACCCAGGUACGCUACGGCACCAAGCCCAGCCCUUAUCAAACCACAACAGACAGCACGUGUAUUAGAAAAAAUGAUACAGCAAGGAGAGGCGGAGGACAUUGUCCCGAAAAAAGGUCUCAGUGGUUCACCAGCAUGGCAAUGUUUUGGUUUUUAGAAGUCUGACAAAAAGCAAACAGCGGUCGUUUGCAAAAUUUGCAGAGAAUUAGUAAAAACGAAGUCUGGUAACACAACCAACUUGUUUUACCAUCUAAACCGAUCGCACCCGCAGAAGUACGAGCUAUGUCGGCCGCGCCGCGGCUCCACGUCGUCGUCGGAGGAAUCCGCUGGAACCGCUGCCAGCACCAGCACAAAGCAAGUGAAGCAGACCAAGCUGGACUCCGUUUCUUGCCAAAAUACGACAAAGCGUCCGAGCGGCAUAAGGACAUCACCUAUGCAGUAACAUGCUCCAUAGCGAGGGACAUACUGCCAAUAACUACCGUUGGAAAGCCUGGCUUCGACCAGCUUCUAGCCACUCUCGACCCGCGAUAUGAAGUGUCCGGCCGCAAGUAUUUCUCAAACACAGCGCUUCAGGCAUGAAAAUGGGUCAGGGGUUGAAAAGCUGAGAAGGGUGCGGAGGAAAUACGUUCCGGUGUAGCUUCUUAAAGUGGAAGAAAAUGAGCUCAUAUUUUACAAAGACGCGAGUAUUUGGAUCAUGGCUACUAGCAGGGGGUGCAUUCGGCAGGGGUGCAUUCUACGACACAACACCGGCGUGGAUAAGUCCUGCUUCUUGUGCUUAGUUUCUGUAUUAAGUCAAUCACAUGAUAAUCAAAAAAAAUAAAUCUCCCGACCCCGGGAGAAAUAUUUCAGUGUUCAGACACCAGGCUGUGGGCAGUUUCCCACACAGUUAAAACUGGUAGUAUGCUAUUCCCACCUAAAGCUAUUCUGUUUAUUUAUAUAUUUGUUUAUUUUCAUCAAAAGACUAUUUAAAUAUUUAUUUAUCAGAUUUGGUCACUUUGGUCUUUAUGUUUGUCAGUAUUUACUGACAUCACUCAGGCCCCUUAAGUUGAUUUCUUUUUUUUUUUAGUUCUUUUUUAAAAAACUUUCAGUUGUAAAAUAAAAAAGGUGGUUGAAUAAAGGUUUGAAUUUGAAUUCAGUGCUUGUGUGUUCUUUAUUAAAAGUAGGUCAUUAAGCAAUAGCAUAAAACAUCCAGGGCUGCAAUUAAAAUAUAUGUUAAAUAAUUAUAACAAUUAUAUCGAUAAUUAUCGAUAUCGAUCAAUAUGAUUUAUUUUUUAUCAAUACGCUUUUUUUCUAUAUCGUCCAGGCCUAGCGUCCAUCAUAACAACCAAGAUUUUCACAGAUACAAAGAAACAGGCCAAUUUUGAUGGAGGAAGAAAGCUAUUGGCACUACACAAAUAUAUAGUAUAUAAAUAAUGGACAUAGCCUCCUUGAUGUCACCCAUCCACUGGUAGAUGAUACCAGGCUACAGACAUGUGUUUUCUGCCGUUUACCUGAGUGUUUGAACAAGAGCACCAUUUGGAUCAUUUUUCAGCUUUUGGGGCCUUUGCCUUAGGUCAACACUUCAGGAGCUGCAGUCAUUUUGUGCGUCUGCGUUAGCUUUGUUUUUAUGCCUGUUGCAGUCAGGUUGCCAAUUGGAUCCAGAUUAUAAUUUGACUGAUGACUGAUGUGAUUGCAUUACAACCUUAGUACACUGGUGUAAAUGUAAAAAAGUCACACAUCUUUCUUGGACUUGAAAAUUGUUAUUCUGAGAUCAAAAUUUAAGAUUUCACCCACUCUGUGUUUGCUUUAUAACAACCUCCCUGUUAUCUGUCCUUCUCUUUAGAUGGGCCUGGGCAGCAACGGAGGUCCAUUCGGGGCUCAGACCUAUGGUCAGGGGACCACAGGACCCGGCCAACAGCUAAACCCUCAGCAGCAGCUCCAAAACAAGGCUGCCCUCACCAACAGCCUGCCGCCCUUCCCCAAUGAACUCAAAGGAGCUGCUGUAACAAGCGUGCCAAACAUGGUUAGUGCUUGUUUCACUUUUUAAGACAUUACCAUUCAAUUACAAACAUGAUGUCACAAGACACGCAGUAGAUGUUAUAAAACACUUCUUUUUAGAGUGAAAGAAAAAAUCAAAGAAAAAGGAAGAAAUGAAAACAAGAUAUUUUGUGGUUUCAUGGUUGCGCACCAAAGCUUUGCAGCACUGAUUCAAAAGACAACUUUUUAGUUAGACAGACUUUUUAUUGAUACUUAAGAAAUAAAUGUACGUGAAGCAGAACCCACAGCAUCCUAUCACAUGCAGACAUCAGCUUACUGCUCUUGUUUCAUCCAGACAUCUGCCUACAACACAAAAUAUGGGUCCAAACUUUGCUUAAAGGGAUAUUCCGGCAUAAAUUUAAGUCAUGGUCAGACACACUGUAACACUGAGUUAGACACCCCCCCCAAGAGAUGAAUGUUGCGGAUUGCUUGUUUCUCUAGUUAUACCAACUUUAGUAACGACCGCAGAUAGCAGUACUCAGCGGUCUGAGGAGCAAUAAACAAACCCUAACCAAAACACCACCCUAUAGCCACAAAUAAUGCUCAGAACAACACCUAACUUCAUCAACAGUACAUUUAGUGUCCCAGCCAUAGUACUAGCCACCAAAGAUCUUUUUUAGCUUUUCCUGAUUUCAUUAGCAAAGAGACUAUACACAACUCACCAACUCUCCUCCAGCAGCCGCUUGUUUGGGGGGAGCCCUAAAGAGUCGAUCACUGAGUGCAGCAGAAGAUCCAAGAUUAUUACUUCAUGGAAAUGCAAUCAGACCGAGACGCUAAGACAGAAAAACUACUGUGUCUACAGUGCAUAUACAAGAUUCACAAGAAGUAAUAAUCAUAAAUGUUCUUCCUUGUGCUGCAAAACUCUGCUGCACUUGGUGAUCGACUCGUCAGGGCUCCCCCACAAACAACAGAGGAGAGUGGGAGACAUAGACCAUUGUGUAUUGCUAUUGUGCGGUCGUUGCUGAAAUUGGUAUAACUAGAGAAGCAAGCAGUCGGCAACAUUCAUCUCUUGAGGGGGUGUCUAGCUGUGUUACGGUGUGUUUGACCCUAACUUACAGUCCUCGUUAUCAAAAUCAAAAACACACACCCAUUCUGCUCCCUAUCUUGUUUCAUUAGCCACCACGACCAGCAUGCUUAAACCACCUGCUGUAUGUUCAUCUCACUUUGUUUCCUCCUGGAGCACAAACAUCCAGCAGCUGUUGGUCAGACAUGAACUCAGUAUACCCCUGUAGUGCCCUGGAAUAAAAAAAGCUGUUCAACUGUUUUUCAAAAGACCUUAAAUUGGUCAAAAAUAUCCUAACAGAACCAUGGAAAAUGAAUAAAAGCUAACUUUUCUCAUUCCAGAAGCAGAUGUUUGAUUUAUUAUGAGUACAUCAUUUGUCCCUAAUGGACAAAUUCAAGCUAUGGUUAACAAAGCAACCCUUUUGAAAACUUGCGGCCGGUAAAGUGAAAGUCAUUAAGUUGUUAUAACUUGUGCUUGGGUUUCUUUUUUGUAUCAUGCAGCAACUACAACAGCAGCCCCAGCAGCAGGCAAUGCUCCCCCUAGCCGGUGGCGGAGGUGUGGCAGUGCCUUCAGCAGGCCCAACAGCUGACCCAGAGAAACGCAAACUGAUCCAGCAGCAGCUGGUCCUGCUGCUUCAUGCGCACAAGUGCCAGCGACGGGAGCAGGCCAAUGGGGAGGUGAGAGCCUGUGCCCUGCCGCACUGCCGCACCAUGAAGAACGUCCUCAACCACAUGACCCACUGCCAGGCCGGCAAGUCUUGCCAGGGUGAGUCAGAGCUUUUCGAAACAUCAUGAUAAAGUGAGUUUGGAUCAUUUUCUUGUGAUAGGAAGACGAAAUGUUUCAAGUUUCAGAUGAGCACAGUUAGUCAGAAAAGGUAAGACAAGGGUGGAGCAUAUGUAUUACAAAGACCAGAAUAAAUACAAGUCACUCACAUGUCAUCAUCCAUAUCUUUUUAUUACAAUGGCCACUGUCAAUACGUAUAUAUUGGAACAGGCCCAUUGUGGAUAAAAUGUCCACUUUGUUUCAACUACAAAACAUCACAAAGUCCAGUUAAAUCAUACAAAGCUAUAAACUAAACAGAACCUGUUGAUGUACAGCUAGAGUUUUACAAAUGCCUUUAGGGUUAUACAAGAGCAGCAACUCAAGAACUAAAAAAAAUGUCCAAAUGUUGGUGAUAUUUCAAAUUGACUGUAUUUGUUGUUGAUGUGAAAAGAUAUGAAUAAUAGAUUCAGAAUCAGAAAACUGAAUUUAUCCUGGGGGAAGAAUAGAUCAUGUUUUUGUUUCUGUGCAGUUUAACGUAUCAAGUUUUUCUUAUGAACACACGGCAUUAUCUAACCUCUAAUGAAGUCGAGUCUGAAAGGCACAAAAGUCAACUGAAGUAGGAGUUUGCUUUGGCCCUGAAUGAAAAGACAUGAACACGCAGUUAAAACUUCGUAUUUCAAACCAAAUUUGAUUCUGCUGAUAAACUCUUGAGUUUAACACAGCAGUAAACAAACCUUUUCAAAUCAACAUGUAGCCGAACUAUAACUUGUCUCAUGCGUGCCCUUUUCUCCUCUGUUGUCUGAGCAAGGGUGUCUGCCUAAUCUAGAGUGGGCGCAGUUAGGGGUCUAGAUGUCUUUGCAAUAGGUAUCACUCUCAUCUCCAACCUGCUGGCCACCUCGCUAGCUCAGUCUGCCCUUCCUCCUUCAAAAUUUUCUUCCUCUUGAACCUUUAUGUCCUGCUUCUUCUUACUGUCUGCAACAGCACUGCUUUGAUGAAAAAUUCCCCUAAAGCUACUCUCAUUUAAAUUUGGCUCCUUGUCUCUGCUCUGGCCUUGCACUUCAAUGCUGAAGUUAGAUUUCAAGCCAAACACACUCAGAAGCCAAGGUGUGUUAAGUGUGAAGGAGUCUGUGUCUCUGCUCCGUGCCUGCCAGCUCAUUUCCUCACGCUCAGGAUUUCUGCCUCUGCCACUGAAAUUUCUGCGGAGAGAGAUUUUGUUCGAACAUGAGUUAUCGUUCGGGCUGUAGAUUUAUCUGAUGUCUGUUGGCUUGGUUUAUUUUCACCCCAGGCAGCCUGCAGUUUGCGGUAUGACGACUGCUUGGAUUGGUUUUGGUCAUUGCUCAGAGGCCUUUUUCUUUGUGUUUUCCUCCUUUGUAAAUCUACAGACAGCCACCACCAUGAAUGCCCUGCUAUCUUUGAGUGUAUGCCAGUAGUAUUGGCACCUGAACAAAUGUAAUAAGGAUUUAUUGUGUUUAUUUAUGGGUAACUUUUAAAUCCAUGUAGUAAUUGUCUGUUGGAAAGGGCAAAGACGUGCCAGAGCGCGCAAAGGCUUAAUUUAGCCUGCUUGUGACUCUGUCCUGAUUAGCUGCUAGGCCACAGAUGAAAUAAAGUAACUUGGUUACUACAUCCAUGCAUACAGGGAAAUGGUUUGGGGUCCCUUUAUAGUGGGCCAAACCAAGAGCUUUCACUUACUGUAAAUGUGUGCGUCUGAACCUGACAUUUCAGAGGUUUGGCACUCACAUUUUAUCCCUUUAAGUUUCUCUCUUUAGCCGGUUGUCCAUCUGUCUUACUUGCUAUACAAGAUCCUUUGAAAGCUUUUUCUUUUCUCUCAGGAACACUUGGCCCCUGCUGAUAUAAUGUUUACUUUCAGAGUUGUUCUGUCCCAUUUUUUUAUUGGCAUUUUUCUUUAUUUGGUUGGCGUUGUCUUCUGCCAGUUAGAUAAAAAAAUUCUUUCAGGGAAGCUCAUUGCCCCCCAGAUAUUUUUGAAGUGCUUUUAACCAGAAUUUCACCAGAGUGGUAUUAAAUGUAAAUCAAAGUUGAAUGAUAGUGACAAAAAGUCUCAGCUGCUUGGUCUGUGCAAACUCAGUACACCUUUUUAAUUUUAAUUUUAAUUCAACCAUCUAAAGUAGCUUUCUUUGAUUUGCUCAGCAAAAAUGUUUUCCUGCUCAAAGUACUGCCUGAUUGAAAAGCUUUUAUCUCGAGCAGCCCACCUCCUCCUGACAUCUUGUGACUGGCAAAGACAAGGGAGGCGCCAUUGUUUUGUCAUGUUUUGAACAGCUUCAUUGCCACUAGCCCUUUUCAUACUGCAUGCCUGCAGCAGCACCGUAACACUGCACCACCAUGCCUUGGCAUUUUCUUGUUGAUCCUGCUAGGGCGCAAUAUUGGUGUCCCAGUGUGUGGUAGAACUUAAAGGGAUAUUCUGGCAUAAAUUUAAUUUAGGGUCAAACACACAGUAACACCGAGUUAGACAUCCCCUCGAAAGAUGAAUGUUGCCGACUGCUUGCUUCUCUAGUUAUACCAACUUUAGUAACAACCGCAUGAUAGAAGUACACAGUGAUCUAUCAUUCCACGUGCAAACCUCAACCAAAUAGCAACAAAUAAUGCUCAAAACAACACAUUACUUCAUCAACAGUACAUAUAGGGUCCCAGCCAUAGUACAAGCCAUCAAACAUCUAAACACAACUCACCCACUUCCCUCUAGCAGCCGCUUGUUUGUAGGGCAACCCUGACGAGUUGAUCAUCGAGUUUCGCAGCUCAAGGAAUAAGAUUUAUGAUUAUUACUUUAUGGAAAUACAAUCAUCAAGUAAUAAUCAUUAAUUUUCUGCAGCACUCGGUAGUCAACCCAUCAGGGCUCCCCCUCAAACAAGUAUUCCCUCAAAAAAGAGGGGUUGUCAAUAACUUUGCUACACCGGUGCUUUGUAAGCUUUUGGACUGUAUACCCAGUUUAAAGACCAGGACGUUGUUGCAGGACUUGAAAGUGCAGCCAUUUGGGUCACAUGCUCCUGAAAUUUAAUCUGUGCAACUCAAAAUAUAUUUAGGAGUUUAUGUGCAAAUAACUGUGGUUGUGCUGCCAUUUCAUCUUGAAUUUCUCCUGCAAACAUGCGCUAAUACCGUGAUCAGUGGUUGACUAGUUAUGCCUGCUAAAAGGAACAGCUUCCCAAUGUCAGUCAAGAGCAAUUUCUGCUUCAUAGUAACCGCUUUAAUUUAAAUAACCAAGUAAACUUUAGCUUGACAUCUUUCACUUUAAGUGCUCAUUCUUGAUUGGUCAAUAUUAGCCUUCAGUCAGCGCUCCUGUAGACAGUUUGAUACAAAGUAGAAGUUUAAUCUGCCCAAAAUGUCCACUCUUGUGUUCUUCACAAACAGAUUGAUUCUGUUCUUCAGGAUAAAAAUGUCAGUGAUGAAGUUGAAACUACUGCCCAAUGAAAGAGCAUAUCCUUUGUACUGAGUUUUAUGUUGAUCAAGAGUGUCAGACUCUCAGCACCAGAGAUCUAAACCCCAUGUCUUUGUUCUUCCUGUGUCAUUUUCCCCACAGUGGCUCACUGUGCAUCGUCCAGACAGAUCAUCUCCCACUGGAAAAACUGCACACGACACGACUGUCCUGUCUGCCUGCCGCUGAAAAACGCUAGCGACAAGCGCACACAGCAACGUAAGUACAAGCGGCUGGCCCUGAACCACCAUCAUUUAAUCUUUCAACCAUUGUCUAGGCCAGUGGUUCUCAAGUCCAGUCCUCGAGGCCCACUGUCCUGCAUGUUUUUGGAUGUUUCCCUGCUCAAACACACCUGAUUCAAAUGAUCAGCUCGUUAUGAAGCCAUUACAGAGCUUGAUAAUGAGCUGAUCACUGUCUGUGCGUGUAUGUGUAUGAACACCUCAGAACAGGAGAGAGUGCAGGUGGAGGAGACUGACUAAGCCAGUGAAAAAGAUGGAGACUUUCAACCAUAAUGUCUAAUACAGGACCUGUGUUAGAGGGAGUGUUGAAACAUAUGCACUUGUACGAACACAACCUGAUGAAAAUUCUUCCUUGCACAUGCUGAAAUAAAGGUCUCAUAUGCAAUUUUGGUUGCAGUCUCGAGCCCUGUCAAUAUGGAAGACGCUAAACUGCACGUUGGUCCUCUCCAUGGUAAAUUUGACCACAAAAAAAAACCCAUGACGGAACAGUCGACCGAAACAUAAAGGAAGAAGUUUUCUUAACCAAAAUCAAUCCUCAUCAACCCUGUGAUGAACCAGAUUAAAAAUGUAAUGGUUUGACAGCACUUAGAGGUGUGCUAAUGUUUUGGAAAGUCAGGCUAGUCAGCCAGUUUAUCACUAAGUUUGUGCUCCUUUCUUCACGAUGAGCAAAAACACCCAGUGAAUAAGAGCGCGCUCCUGCUGGGUUUGUAAUCUGACACACAGAAGAGCUCCGAGAGGGUGGAAACACAGAGCGUGUGUGAGAGGAGUCCCGCUGAGCCUCUGGCUGUUUGGCUGUUUACCACGACUCCCUGUUCUAACAGAGCUGAGUUUAACGCUCUUUCUGCCUCUCUUUUUUUCCCCUGUCUGUUUCUCACUCCAACCAUGCAAAUGUUGUGGUGGGUUCACAGUCUGUUUUGUUUUCUGCCUCACCAUCCUGUUCACCCUUCAGAAGAGUAGAUACCUAAUCCUUUACUCUGUGAUUUUUCUCUUCUUCAUUUUCCACCACGUUCUGCAGUUUUUAUCACAACCAACAUUUGUCCCUCUUUGGCUUGCUUUUUAAAGAACACGAUGCCGGAUUGGAGUCUCUCUUGCCAAAACAAACAGAACGCUGUAGUUCUUUGUUGGGACUCCUCUGAUUUCUCUUUCCACGGACUAAGAGCUUUUUCAGGCCAACCUCAGUCUUAAACCAAAAAUUGGCUUUUGCUUUGACCCCUGGGGGGAUUUCUACACAUUUUCAGUCUGUCACUGUUGAAGCGUUUAGUUUUAAUCAUUGUUCUCACAAUCAUGUCAUGAUGUCUUGUUGCCUGAGGUCAAAUUGUGUAUAUGUUUAUUUAGUAUUUCCUGGUCUUUUCAUGUUUGCUGGUAUAGGCACUGAUGAUCAACUUCUGCACUUUUCUGUGAUCAUGUGAUUGUAACUGACUGCUCCAUCUUUCUCCAUAGCCAUGCUGAGCUCCCCCAGUACGGGCCUCCAGAACCCCAUGUCCUCCGUUGGUGUGGGCCAGCCCAGUGCGCCCACCAUCAAUACCUCAGCUCCCAUAGAUCCCAGCUCCAUGCAGAGAGCCUAUGCAGCACUCGGGCUGCCCUACAGCAGCCAGGCCACCGGGCAGGCCCAGCAGGCCUCCGGCCCAGGACAGACUGCAGGCACCCAGAAUGCACAGGCCCAACAGCAGCUCCCACAGCAGAUGAGACCCAUCAAUGCACUUGGUAAGGAUGAUUGUGUUACUGUGUUGUUAAUGAGCAGUGUUUCUACCAGGUAAAAGUACUGCAAACACAACUGAAAGGCUGCUAAUGGCUUCAAAACUGACUCUACCCAGUUACAUCUAAGUGUGGACAUCUUUAAAGAAACAAAGAUCUGUGUUUGUGUGUUGCACAGAGUACUCUUCAGGUGUAGUCACAGCAGCCAUUCAAAGCCUUAUUAUGACGGGAUUUGAUCAUGAAAUCAAGGUGUUGCUGUUUGCUCACAAGGUUUUCUAUUUACAGGAAACCAGAUGGCUCUUGGAGGUGCAACAAUGGGCGUGACCACUUCAGAUCAGACAAACCUGCACGCAGACUCCCUGCCCAACACACUCAACACUAACAAGUCAGUCCAACAAAAACCGCGCUACAGUUUUUGAUCUUGAAAGAUUUUUGGAUCAAAUAGAUUAGAAACUGAAGUUUUCUCGGGUGUACAGGUUUACAAGAUCUGGUCGUGUGAUAAGACAGAUUUCAUUUGACCUUUUAAAAAAACAGAUAAAAUCUCUAACAUUCAGCCCUCUCCCUGUUCCACCUCCAGUCAACUUCUGUCGGAUGGAUCAGCUGUAGGCUCAAUGGGAAAUGUCCCAACAGCUGCACCCAUCUCAGCCACUGGCACCAGGAAAGCGUGGCAUGAGCACGUCACUCAGGACCUGCGCAAUCACCUCGUACACAAACUGUAAGUCUGUACCACCUCUGAAGAGAUGCAUCAGUAAUUAAAUCAUGUCAGUCGACCGCCCUCCUGCUCCCUGUCAAAAUGUGGUUGAUGAAGCAAACUUUGAACGGUCAGAGUACUCGAAUAUUUAGAGCUACAAUGUAUCUCUUCUGUGGCAGAGUACAAGCCAUAUUUCCAACCCCUGACCCGGCAGCUUUGAAGGACAGACGAAUGGAGAACCUGGUGGCCUACGCUAGAAAGGUGGAGGGGGACAUGUAUGAGUCUGCGAAUAGUCGGGUAGGUUUAUAGAUGAGGACCUUCAUCAUACUUAAAUUUCUUAUCUGGCCCAAACUAAACCCCUUUUUGUAAAGCCUCUUCAGACAUCGCCUUAUCCUAUCUUAGACUUUCUUGAUUUAACCGAGUCGUAAACUUUGCUCACACUGACUUCUCACGUUUUGUUUUUUUCUUGUAUCUUAGGAUGAGUACUAUCACUUCCUGGCUGAAAAAAUCUAUAAAAUCCAAAAGGAGCUGGAGGAGAAGAGGCGCUCGAGGCUACAAAAGCAGAUCAUCAACCAGGCACCUAUGGCCGCGCAAGGGACCCAGCAGCCCAGCCUUCCCCAGACGAAUACUUUUGGCCCAAGGCCACAGAGUGAGUACAAUGUUCUCAAGGUGAAAUUACAGGUCCCUUAAAGAUUGUCAAAACUGUUUUUGAAGUUAAGGGAUGUAAUUUGAGAAAAAGCAUGAAUUGAGGUUAGGGUUAAUGGAGGUGAUGAGUGAUAAUCUGUUUUUUAUGUCCCAUUUGGUUCAAAGUUGUGUCUCUUUGUUUUAUAGACGGUCCUGUCUCCCUGCCCAACAUGCCAAAUCAGAUCAUGAAUCGCAUGCAGGUCUCACAAGGUACGAUGGUGGAAAAAACGUGUUUCCUGUUGUGUGUUCAGAUUCAGAUCCUGCUCGGACUGUCGUUACAAAAAAGUCUAACUCAAAAAAGAGGGCAGCUCAUUAUACUGCCGAUCAUAACGUACAAAUCAUAUCAUUUGGAUUCGAGUUAUUUUUAAAAAGGCUUCAAAAACUAAGAAGGAAAAAGAAUAAAGGAUGAUGGAAGAAAGCAAAGAUGUACCCUGUCAGACGUACAGAAAAGACGAUUUAAAAACAAAAAGAUGAAUCAUUUGACAAAUAAUCCACAAGUGUCUAAUGAUGAAAUGUGUAAGCAUGAUGCACUUCAACAUACGGUUGCAUGAUUUUAUAAUUUUGCCGCUAACAGUGUACACACCCUUUUGUCAGUGUGGAGAACACUGAGAAGGUCAACCUCAGUACCACGGUUGUGAAAUCACUUGAUGAAGACCUUGUGCAGUAGAUCUUAGUGAUGUGAGCUGCCAUAAUCUGUUUGGGCUCUUCCUGCCAGCGACAUUGUGCACCUCUUUGAAAAAGUUAUAUUUGGUCAUUUCUGAGAAUCGCUGUCCACUCUUGUGUUCAGGAAUCAACCAGUUCAACCACAUGGCUCUGCCCAACGCACAGAUAACCCAGGCACCGAUGGGAGCUCGAGCUGCCUCCCCCAUGAACCACCCACAGCAAAUGAACAUGAGCUCCGUCCCAGCGGUAAGAAGAAGGACACGGGGCAAGGGGCGAGCGUAUCACAGCACACACUCUAACAUGCAGUUAGUUUUCUUGCACACUCUGCAAACUGAGUUUAGGUCGGUUCAAAUCAAGUUUAGGUUUACCUGGAAAAGUUGCUGCAUUCAAAGAAAGUCUUCCUGUUUGUGGGAGUGGGUCACUUGAAGGGCCGAGGCAAACUUGCUGUAUUAAAGCACAACCAUUGAGCAAUGUCUGAUUCCCAAAGUCAGAGCUGAGCCAAGAAAGACAGCCUUGAGGUUUUCUGUACCUUUCACUUGGAACAAUCGACAGACUGAACUUGAACUCCAAACUUUGGGAAUGCUCAGUGGUUUCAAACCUUUAAUGAAUCUGUACGCAGCUGUUUUAACAAAUGCUCCCUCAUUGCUGAUGUGAUGAAUGUAUGUAUAUGUUUGAUUUUGUCUGAAACUAUCUCUCUGAUCUCAGUGGGACUAACCUGGCGAAAUAGAGGCUAAAUAAAAUGAAAUAAAGGGAACACAAGGAGCGGGACAUAAAGAUACCGUGUCAAUGACUUUGUCCCACCACUCGAUACAUUUGCAACAUCACAGAUGUUCCUGAUUUCACCUGACAUUUCAGAGAUAGCACAUGACCCUGCAUCUGUCACACUAGAGCUAAGGCUGCACUCGCGCAGCCUCAGCCAGGAUGACUACAGAAUGCCAGAUUAUGCAAUUAACAAACUGAAAAAGCUUCUACAGCUCUCUUGUGCAAGUAGACAAUUUAGAAAACCUCGACAAUACGGAGCACUUACUUUUGCCAACACCUGCAUCUUGGCUCAUAAGUCAUAUUUUCUUCUCUUGUAGAUGGGCAUGUCUCCCUCUAGGAUGCCCCAGGCCCAGGGCAUGAUGGCCGGACAUGGUGGUGCGAACAUGGUGGGCCAGACAGCCAGCCAGGGACAGUUUCUGGCUCAGACACAGUUUCCUCCGGGAUCUGCUGCCGUUGCUGCAACGGGCACCAUGAAUGUCACAGUGGGGUCAGGCUUGGGCCAGCCACAAGCACAGGCUGCUGUCACCCAGGUAAGGCGGGAAAAGAGACAGGGUGUGAAGCUAUGCGGGUUUAUGAGUGCUUACUGAUUGGCUUGAUUGUUCUCAGUCAUGCUGUGCCUUUUUAGAGUUGCUGCAAAGUCGAGCAAACUCCAACCAGCGGCUGAGGGAACUAAAACUGAAAAGACUUUCACCAAUCAUAUGACGUACUAAUUGCUCUUAAAUUGUUCUCCUAGCAAUCACAUAAGGGCUUUCUAAACCUCAAAUUGUGUGUGGUGUUGUUGUUUGUUUGACCAUAUAUUUGUGUGUUUGUCUACUCGUUUGUUUGUGUGUUUGUCUGCCUUCCCUUUGUGUGUGUGUUUGUUGUUUGUGUGUGUCCUUCUCUCCAGCAGCAGCAGCAGCAGCAGCAGAGCGCUAACCUCCCCAUGAAUGCACUUGGCCCCUCGCUGGGCCCUCAGCUAGCCUCCUCCCAAACUCCCUUGCACUCCACGCCUCCGCCUGCCGCUUCCUCCGCCUCUACGGCUGGGGGGGCCACUAACCUGCCACACCCCCAGCCUUCCAGCCGCAGCUCCACCCCCACCCUCCCCGGCCCUGCCCCAGCCCCAGGUGCCACCCCACCCCGCCCCACCCAGCCCCAACCCCAGGCGGAGCUGGCCACAGCAGCACAGACGCAGCCCCCGCCUCAGCCCCCUACCACACCGGUGAGACUGAGACCCUUCGCAUGCCCCCACUCUGACCCCUACCCUUCCCUGCAAGCUCCCAUCCUCUGAUUGCCAUGUACCAACCCGUCCCAUUCACAUCCACCUUUCUGUCUGAUAGCUGCAUCUCCACCAGCAUCCAUCACAGGGGAAUGUUGCAUCUGUCGCUCUAAAGAAACCAAUCCCAGACGGGCUCAUCCAUGUUGUGGCUUCAGCUCUGCAUGCAAAAAAACAAAAGAUAACAAUGAAACUUGAACCAGAAGCUCAUAUUUGUCUUUGUCUCUCUGCCUCUCUUCUCUGUCUUUCAGCUGUCUCAACAAGGAGCCAGUCUGGAUAACCGGGUACCCACACCGGCCUCAGCCGCCAGUGCAGAUCUGCCCACCCAGGAGGUCAAAGCGGAGGCUCAGCAUGACCAACAAGACUUUGAGGCUGCAGGCGGCAAAAUUGAGCCCAAGAUGGAGGUUUGUUGAAACUUUGUGCUGUGCUUUGUAAUCGCUUUGAACGGCCAAUUAACUCACAGAACUAAUGAGCUGCAGCGACUACAAACAUUAACAAACCUAGAGCAACACCGAGUGAGGUGUGGAAGGUAUAACACGGUCACUGGUUGUCACGUCCUGCCACAGUGUGGAUUUUUCAACCCCGUCAGUUCCAAUUUAAACACAUUUUUGUUUCUUCACGUGUCGGUUUCAUUGCACAGGAUAAGACAGGUCCUCCCAACACUAAUACUGCAGCCACUGUGGCAGGUCAAGUAGUGGAACAAAGUUAUUUUAGACUCCAAUCAUACAGAUUGAUGAUCUGCUUAUUCGCUCUGACACUUCAGGGAAGAGUCACGCUCACCACAGGCCUCUUUGUGUGGAUGGGCUUGCACAGUUUUAACCUUGACCAAAAAGUGGACUUUAGUUUUAGUCUCAGUCAUUUUCAGAAAACAGGGGUCAUGUCUCGUGUUGUUUGAUCUUACUGAGGACAGUAUUCAUUUUGCUCAGUGUUUUAGCCACAAUUUUCUUACAGAGUUUUAGAUAUAUUUGUUUUGCAGAAUGCUUCUGUGAGAAGAAAAGUACCUCAUGAAGUUCAGUCAUCUUGGCUGACAGUACGUUUUCCUACUUAAACUUGUUACAUUUAAAUAUAUUCUACAACUUGUGAGGAAUUGACUAUAUCUUGUUCCAACUGCACAGAUUCCCUUUUCACUUCACAGUUUCAUUGAACCAAAUGAUGUUAAUGUGUGCUGAAUGACUUAGCCUGUAAAAGAGUCUUAAAACAUCAUAGAUGAUAUUUUAGUGACAGCGUGGAGAUGGAUACAGCGAAGUAGCUCAGCUCUGUGAAAUUCAAUGAUAAGUGAAUGGACCACUGCGGGCUAACCACCAAUAGGUGUUCUGUAGACUUGCGCCACCUUGUUGUAAAGUGUUACCAUAGUACAAAUCAAUAGCAGAGGGCUGAGUUUUGUCAGCGUUGAAUUCCCUCUGUACAAGCUGCUGGCUGUAAUCGGGCUUUUUGAGAGGCCAGCUGACAGUAGUAGCUUUGUCAGGCUCUUCAUAGGACGCUGUUGUGGCGUUUAAACAUCGACAGUAUAAAACCAACUUCUUACCAACAUGUAGUGGACAAAAAUGAUCCAGUGACAAUAAAGAACAUAUGUAGAGGAAGUUAAGGUUUAUACUCCUGCACAAAUAGAGAUGCAACUGGUUGUCCACCCUAAAACACUAGACCAUUUUGCCCCUGAGUUAUUUGUCAGUUUGUUUACUCUUCACAUAAUCAUCUCUGUUUAGUCCUAUAAAACUACUGCAUCAGCAGAUCCCGACUGCCUAUAUUUUGGUGAAUGAAAUAAACACUGUUGUGGCACAGCUUUUAAUUUAGCGUGUGUUCUUUCUUUAAAUGAAGUGGGCGGGCUCUCUCUUACAGGGCUUUUUUUUAGGGGGCGUCUGUCUGAGGGUUUAGCAUAGACUAUGUGUUGCAAUCGUUUGACUUAGUUCGACUCAAGCACAGCACAGCCCAAUUUUUCAUCUCUGCCAUUUACAGCAUGAUCUACCUGUUUGAUGGUGUGUUGAUUGAUGGCUUGUAUGGAUUAAGAUAACCGUGAAUGCUUUGCAUGAUUAAUCGAUUUUUAAUCGUAAUCAGAUUAUUUGAUUAUGACGAUGUUAAAAAAUUUAAAAUCGUCAAAUCGAUUUUCCUCUCUGUCAUGUUUCGCACCUCCAGGCCACCAUAGGCUCCCCCCUUCCUGUGUAAACAAACAUGGCGUUUGCAAAAGAAGGCGAAAAUUCUGUGGCUAAAUAAUGCGAGAGCAAGUCAGUCGGGUAGAAUUGGUUCUGCUUCGCAGUUUUGGACAAAGAGCAAACCACUCCCCACAGCAAAGUCUGUCUGAAGGCGGUAUCAACCCAUUCAACCUAACCCUAACUUUAACCCGUCCUACAAAUGUAUUCAGGAGUAAACGCAAACGUUUUUGUCAUAUUGGUGUGUCAUCCACACAGAAACAGCGUUUCAGAUGACUAUAAACGGUACUUUUUGAAAACUAGUCAGAGAGUGCAUAAAUCCGUAAACGACCACUAUUUCAUCUCCGUGUGGAUGCCUAUCUGCAUCUCUCGAAAUGAUUAUGUUACACACAGCUGGCUCUUAUAUCGCACCUGCUUGUGUCCGGCCAAAACAACCUUAUUACUCAUGCUCUAUACUCUUCUUCUGUCUUUUGUGCAUUUCCUCAGCAGCGUUACAGCGCCACUAACUGGCUUGGCAUAUGCACUAUAUCGUUUCAGUGGUUUUGUUUUGAGAGAUGAUAGAAAAACUUUAUAUUUUUAAAAUGAAGUCUGGUGAAGUUGUCACUGAAUAAAAAAUCAAAAUCUAAAAUCGAGUUUUCAGAAAAAAGAAUCUGGACUUUAUUUUUAGCCAAAAUCGUGCAGUCCUACUUGAAAGAUAAACAUGUUUCAUUUCUGACUAAUUCUCCAUGAUAAAAGUCAAAAGCUCUUGAUUAUGAAAACAAAACAAAUCUUCUAAGGGAAUGGGAUUUUUUUCAACAGUAAUAAACUCUUGACCCAGACAGAUUAAAAAGUUUCUAUUGUCAUCAAGUAAAGAAAUGCAAAACGUUUACACUUCAACCAGCUCAUACCUCCUUACAGUUACCUCACUCAAGUAACAACAAGGAAAGCAUAUUUACCCCAAAUGGCCAAGGAGUUGUGUCAAAAGGACAAGUGCUGUCAGCUGUGUGACUGUGUGCAUUUUUACAUUGGGUGGUUUUUCUUUUUGUUCAUAGACUGAGGAGCACUCUUCCUCAAUGAUGGUGAAGAAAGAGGAGACGGAGGAAAAGCCAGAGCCAAUGGAGGUGGAGGAGAAAAAGCCGGAAAUGAAGGCAGAACCCAAAGAAGAAGAGGAGGGCGGAGCGAACAGCACAACCUCCUCAUCACCGUCUCAGUCACGGCGGAAAAGUGAGUCUGGUGCCAAGGGACGAAUAAAAUCUGUGACUGAUUGAAACAAAUUUUUACCAAGCAGGCAGAGAAGCUGUUCUUCACUGCCAGUGAUGUUAAUGUGCCCACUCAGAGCCAACAGGGAGACAGUCAUGAUUUAUUCUGAGUUUCAUUCAGACUUACGGUAUCCGUCUGUCUGACUCAGGAAAAUCUCCAGACUCUCUUCAGCCUUUUUUGAAUCUUGGCUGCUUUUUCCACUGAUUAAAAAAAAAAAAACAAGUGCUGUUUUCAGGCUGGUUAAAUAAACUGAAAAAAAUCAUGACACCAAUUUAAAAGCAACCGCUGACAUUGUUUUUGUUUCAGUUGAUUUACAGAAAAAUGGUCAUUCGUGUUAGAAUUAGCUGUAACAGAGAUUAGCGGGGCAUUGAUAAGCAAGGUAAAAUGUACAGUAAAUGAGGUUGUUAUGUCAAUUUGAAUCAGAUUGUUAUCCAGCUACCAACUAGAGUCACAAUCAAGUUGACACUAAAUAUUGAUUCAAAGAUGAUUUCAUUGACUAAAAAAUGAAUACAGAUUUCAAAUCUACAGUUUUUACCACAGCAUAUACAGUUUAUGUCUGCUAGUGUACAGCCCUGCAGCAGAAAAAACUUUAAACGUUUCAUUUAACUGUCAAGUAUAAUCAUGAGUAGGCUUCCAUCAUGAUUGUUUAACUCCACAUAUAUACCAAAGAUGGUUUCAGACAUAUAACACACGUGAUGCAUUUGGUCUUCAAGUCAGUGUUGCUUUUUUUUUCCAAUAUGUUGGAUGUUUUUGACGAUUUAAAGUCCCAUAAAUGCACUAAUAUAGAUGUCAAAUCAUGAAUGACUAUAUAAGCCUCUAACAUUAUUCAGAAUAUGAUUAUUAUUUUUGUCUUGAUGAAGCACAGGAAGUACAUGGAGUCACCUUGAAGCUUAGAUAUUGUCUUUAACAUACCAUCUGCCAUUGUUUUUUUACUUGUAGUGUUUCUACUAUUAUACUUGUGUCUUUUGGAGAACUUUUAUAUUUACCUUACCUCGUUUCCCUCCCCCCUUAGUCUUUAAACCGGAGGAGUUGCGCCAGGCUCUGAUGCCGACCCUGGAGUCUCUGUACAGGCAGGACCCUGAGUCCCUCCCCUUCAGACAGCCAGUAGACCCCAUGCUUCUGGGAAUCCCGGUAUGCACCAGUUUUUUCGAAGUGAUGUCAUGUUUUCUUGUGUCACCGAGAAGUUUCACGGACGGGAAAAUCCAGUGGAACUUUUUCAGCUAUUACCAUCUCUAACACAAAAAUCUGUUGUUCUUGCUCUAGGACUACUUUGACAUUGUGAAGAACCCAAUAGACUUGUCCACAAUAAAGCGCAAGCUCGACACAGGUCAAUACCAGGAGCCCUGGCAGUACGUUGACGAUGUCUGGCUCAUGUUCAAUAAUGCCUGGCUCUACAACCGCAAGACAUCUCGAGUCUACAAGUUCUGCUCUAAGCUGGCCGAGGUGUUUGAGUCUGAGAUUGACCCUGUCAUGCAGGGCCUGGGAUACUGCUGUGGAAGGAAGGUGAGAUGAAGGGGGUGUCAAAAUAUGCUGAAAAAAGGGGAAAAGCAUUGAUGAAAGUAUUGUGGGGUCCUCUCUUAGCCACACAUGGCUGAUAGCUGACAGGAAAACUUAGGAAGUCUCGCUGCUCUCACUAGUUAGACAUUUUUACCAGGUGAUAAUUCAUGUUGAAAGUGAUAGAAACUGAACUGAAGCUUUACUGCAGAGUCAUUUCCCUCACCUUGAUAAAGAUUUUAUUUAUUUAUUUAUUCAUUUAUUUGUUUGUUUAUUUAUUACUAUAUUUGUCUUCUUACUUGUGUCUGCAGUACGAGUUCUCACCCCAAACCCUCUGUUGCUAUGGCAAACAACUUUGCACCAUACCUACUGGAGGCACAUACUACAGCUAUCAGAACAGGUAACCACAACCAUAUACAUAUUCGGACUGGUGUGUGUUUUUUUGUGUGUGUUUUUCAGAGCCUCUGUUAUUUAUUGAAUAAAACCGGAGUACCACAGUGACCCAGAAAACAGUACCAGUCAUGUCGAGUCCUAAAGUCUACACAAAACUCCUUGGCCCCCCUGAUUAUUUCUUCAGAGUCAGGUUCCUGCGCUGCAUUCAUAGGAAAUCACAUUUCAGACCCAUAACCACGUGGGCUUUCAACAGUGAAAGAAGUGAAGCAGAUUUGGCUUAAGAGAGUGUGAAUUCAGUGUUGCUGUCCCCUCCCUCGCACAACAGACUUAGAUAAAAUGCUUUGGUUAAGGCCCCUAACAGCAUUGCCCAUCAUUGCUUUUUCACUCGUAGUUGAAAACCAGCAGACCACGGCUUUCAUCGUGUUCCCUUGUGCCUCCUGCUGUAUAAACUGUGUAACUGCAGCUCCUUUUUCACACAGAACCUGGGCACUCAGAGCAGAGCAGCACAGCAGCAUUAGUGAUACAGCACAGCCUGACAGACAGCGUGAGGCUCCUGCAGUGCAGACCAUUUACACUCUCAAUGGGAGCUCAGGGAAUCCCCGUACUCUGUUAUAAAACACAAAAGACAAGAACUAUUUUGUGCACAGUUGUGUUGGAACAAACAAUGAGGCAGCCCAAGUCGAAACAGUGUAAAACGGCACAUUUUAUACUUGAGUACCACAGAACACAGAGAGCUGCACCCCAGCUGCUGUUCAUCCAAAUGUAGAGAGCUGAAUGUGCUGAUGGUGUGGUGUGGUGUGUUUUUGCAGGUAUCAUUUCUGUGAGAAGUGCUUCAAUGAGAUUCAGGGGGAGAGUGUGACAUUAGGGGAUGAUCCUGCACAGCCUCCAACGUAAGUAAACUGCUUAUCUACAACUUAUUUACAACUUCACUAUUUUAAAAACUAACUUGUUUCAGUUAUUGGUGUAAGAAUGUUUCUAAAUCAACUGGAAAUAUUAACCAUCUCUAUCUUGUCCUGAACCUUGUUAUCAUAGGUCACACUUUCUCAUCUUUAGGGAUUUGCACUUUAUAUUAUUAUUUAGCUACAGAACCAAACCUACAUUUCAGACUCAUGGUUCCAGAUAUUUUUUUUCAGUGUCGCAGGGUUUUAUGACUUUCAUUUUUGAGGCUGCACUGUACAGGAAAUCUUAAUUGUGGUUGAGAACUAAACUGCUUUUUACUGACUUUAUCUCUUCUCUUUUGUUUUCUUCAGGAUGAUAUCAAAAGACCAGUUUGAGCGGAAGAAGAACGAUGUUCUCGACCCUGAACCGUAAGUGGAAGCAAACCUUUGACCCAUUUGGUGAGAAGCGCUGGUACAGACAGAGAAGUUUGGUCUUUCCUGAGGAGUUUGUCUCAUAUGUGUUUAAUAAUCACUGACUGCUUUUUUUUUCUCCUGCUCACUUGUUCUUGAUUUUGUCCUAAAACGCUAUUUUCUGCCCCCACAUCUGGCUUUGUUUGUGUGCUUUUUCAGUGAAGGCUGCAUAUUUUCUCUUGUGCUCUCUGAUCAAUCACUCUGGUUUCAUUAAGGCAGCACCACUCAGUCAUUAAAACUGUGUGGCCAAUAAGAGUUUUUUCCAUAAGAGAUCAGAGAUUCAUUUAAUGGUCAGCCAUUGUAUCGAAGUUUGUCACUGUGAUUGAGUAUUAAUAAAAUGCUGAAGAGUUGUUAACCUUCCUGCAGAACUUGAAUGAAAAUUUUUACGUCUCUUGCUGCCCCAGCAGAUAAGAUAUCCGUGUUCCCACAUAUAAUGGCCAUCAGUAAAUAGUCAAUCUCUAUUUGAAUGAAUAUAGUCAUGAGAACUUUAUUAAUGUAUAAAUAUGUGAGUGGCUGUCUCUAUGAUCCGCAAAAACAGCACAUAAGGCAGGUAAAUGAACUGUCAGGUAAAUGAAAAGUCUGUGAACCGUUGAGCUGAUUUGAAAUGUCAAAAGGUCUCAGUGUGUAUCCUUGCUUUUCCUCCAGGUUUGUUGAAUGUAAAGAUUGUGGACGGAAGAUGCACCAGAUAUGUGUCUUACACUACGAGGUCAUCUGGCCUUCUGGGUAAGUACCAGUCCCCCCACCCUUUAUUGAAUUUUGAGGUAGAUUUUUGCUCAUUUUGUUGUUUAAUAAUUUCUUGUCAACUGCUCUCUUUCUUCUCCCAGAUUCAUCUGUGACAACUGUUUAAAGAAAAGUGUGAAAACACGGAAGGAAAACAAGUUCUCUGCAAAACGUUAGUAUUGAAAUCCCAUUGGUAAACUUAUAGAUAUCAGUUUCUUGAAUCACAGUCUCCUCUUGUGUUCGUGCAGUUUUCUAAUGUCAACAGAUACUUACAGUUCUGUCUAGCAACCCCUAAAGACAAGAAACGCUAAACCACAUCCACCUGCACAUGGGCUGCAUAUGUCUGUGGGACUCUGCGUCAGUGGUGGCUUUGUUAUUUUGAUGUUGGCCUUGUGGUUUCCCUGGUAUUCUCCUUCGGCUUUCGUGCCCUUUGAGAACACAUGACCUUUUUGGCAUGUUGUGCGCACAGAUUUAUCCUCACAGUGUCAUGCAGUUUAAUUGUUGUACUCUUGGCGUUUGCUGAAAACUAUGGCGGGAUGUCUAAAUUCAAGCUCUGGUUGUCUUUCAUCCUGCAAAGUUAAAAGGAUGGACUUUUUUUUUCAACAUUUUCACCUGUUGUUUGUUCAUGGCAGGGCUGCAGUCAACCCGAUUGGGAAUGUACAUAGAAGACCGUGUGAAUAAAUACUUGAAGAGACAGAACCACCCAGAGGCAGGAGAGGUGUUUGUGCGAGUGGUGGCGAGCUCCGACAAAACGGUGGAAGUCAAACCAGGCAUGAAAACCAGGUGAGAGGAUCACAGACGGUGUUUUGAUUCAGAUUUUAAUCACCACACAUUAGCGUACUGCACAUGUUUUCAAACUGACCAGGUUUCAUUAUCAACUAUUUUAUACUUAAUAAAUGAACAUCAGAGAAGAAAGCCAUGAUGUUGCAGAUCCUUCUCUCCUUUUUGAUACCAUUCAGUAGGGCUGGGCGAAAUGGCCUCAAAUUAACAUCAGGAUAUAUUGAGCAGUUCACUUCGAUUAUCAGUAAAUGGACGAUAACUACUCAACAAGCUGCUCACCCCCUCCCACAUUAACUUUGUCUACUUCAGCUGACGCUCCAGUCACUACAACUUUUGAUCCAACUUUUAUUUAUUUUUUUGACACCAAAUAUAUUAACAAGGGCAAAAUGAUGUUGGUUAUUGUCAUAAAUUUCGGGAACGGUAAAUUUUCGGUUUAUUGCCCAGCUCUACCACUCAUAGUGAUUGUGGAACCUGCAUGUUUGACAAGAUUAAGUACACAGCCACCCUGAGCAGGGUCAUUCCCCAUUUCAUCACAGGAUACCAGUGUCUGUGAUGCUCGCUGGGAGCAGACCCUUAUCCAAGAACCUGUUGUCUUCAGGUUGACUGAUAUGAAGCGGUUUGCUUUUUCUUGACUCAAGGCUCCUCAAACUUGAAUUGUCCCUUGAUGCUUAUAACAGCGACACACACUGCAGCUUUGUUAGGUCAGAUCAUGACUCUAGUUUUUAUAGCCAUGAUGAAAAGGAAAUGAAAGGAUUAAAUUGAUAACUUGAUAAAACAAACGGCUACUCUAGCAUUUAUUAGGAAGAAACUUCUGUCAGGAACGAAUUCUGGUGCCUUGUUUGAAUAAAGUAAGAGGAACCUGGCAGAUACCCCGAGAGUGAAUCACAAAAUGAUGGAGCUUCUCUGAUAUGGCCAUGUCUUCAUCACGUCAGGUUUGUGGACACGGGUGAAAUGCCUGAAGCCUUCCCCUACAGAACCAAAGCACUUUUCGCCUUUGAGGAGAUUGACGGCGUGGAUGUGUGCUUCUUUGGCAUGCAUGUGCAGGAGUACGGCUCUGAGUGCCCAUUUCCAAACACUAGGUAUGAACAUUUGAACAUCUAAAAGCUCUGCAUGGCUCUGAAGGGUUUGCACUGCCAGGGUUUCUGGUGAAAUUCAUCAUGUCCUCUCCCUCUUUCUUUGCAGACGGGUCUACAUAUCAUACCUUGACAGUAUUCACUUCUUCAGGCCUCGGAUUCUACGAACAGCAGUGUACCACGAGAUCCUCAUCGGCUACCUGGAAUAUGUCAAGAAGCUUGGGUGCGUCUAACACUGCUUCCACUUGACACCUCAUGCCUUGAAGUGUGCGAUGGAGUGAAUUUUGUUAUGGUGUUAUGUUCAACAGCAGCAGAUGUUUCAAAAUCUGUAGUCUAAUUUUUUGAUCCGCUCUUUACCCACAGAUAUACUCAAGGUCACAUCUGGGCAUGUCCACCCAGUGAAGGAGACGAUUACAUCUUCCACUGCCAUCCUCCAGACCAAAAGAUCCCAAAGCCGAAGAGGCUGCAGGAAUGGUACAGGAAGAUGCUGGACAAGGCCUUUGCAGAAAGGAUCCUGCAUGACUACAAGGUAAAGAGGAGGAGCCUUCAUUACCCAACUGACACAACAACAUAAAAGUGUUGUCUGUGAAAUUAAAAACAAAGGAGUAUGUUGUUUGUUUGCUUUGAGCAGCCGUUUCUCUCCCCACUUAAUUAGAAUUAUUGUACAAAUGAAACACCUAAGUAUGUUGGAUUUCUGAGCGACAAACUCAUUUCUCAAAUAAUUUGAUUGAUCCUUGUCUUUUGUCGUGUCUAGGACAUCUUCAAACAGGCGACAGAGGACCGUCUGACCAGCGCUAAUGAGCUGCCGUACUUUGAAGGCGAUUUCUGGCCCAAUGUGCUGGAAGAGAGCAUCAAGGAGCUGGAGCAAGAGGAGGAAGAGAGGAAGAAGGAGGAGAACACAGCAGCCUCUGAAACUCCUGAGGUACGCAAAUUGUGUCAGAGUUUCAAGGUGUGCUGUUAUAGAUCCGACGUCAACACUGCUGUCAUUGUGUAAUCCUGUCAGACAGAUGUUGAUUUUUUCAUACUUAAUAUGAAAUAAGCAUUGUUUGUGUAAACAUUCCUUCUGUCACCUUGUGAACAUCAGUCAUUUAGAGUAGGAUUGGAUUCUUUGUUUUUUUCAGCCAACAAGAUUAUAAUAUCUAACAUUGUAUUCCCUCACAGGGCACACCGGGUGAUAGCAAAAACGCUAAGAAGAAGAACAAUAAAAAGACCAAUAAAAACAAGAGCAGUGUGAGCCGAGCCAAUAAGAAGAAGCCAGGGAUGCCAAAUGUAGCCAAUGAUCUGUCCCAAAAACUCUACGCCACCAUGGAGAAGCACAAAGAGGUUUGACCUGUUGCUUUUGUUUAGUUUGUGAUAGGAAGUUGUUUUCAAGAUAACAGCUGUUUGAUAAAAGAUGUGAAUAUGACAGGGUUCCUACACAGCUUGAAUUUCCAUACUUUUCCAUACCCUACUUUAACAAUUUUAUUUGGAAAUAACUACUUUUCUAUUUUAGAAAACAGUAUUUUAGAACUGUGGUAAUAGUCUGGAAACAUAAAUAUUUUAUCAUACUUAACUUUUCAUUUUCCAUGCUUUUUAAGACCUGGAAAUUAAUUAAACUACUUCCAUACUUUCCAUAGGAACCCUGAUUUGAGCAUAAGGUUGUGAAUUAAGGACAGUUGUUGAUGUUAAACAGAAUAGUAAACUCUUACCUCUGAGAUGCAGUAAUACUUGACCUGAAAUCCUGUUAAUGUUUAAAAAAUCAAAAUGAUUUGCCAUGUCUGUGGACAGGUUUCAGUUUUGCGUUUGCUUCUUGGUCCCUCACUCUCUUUUCUCGUUUCUUCUCUCUCCUCAAGGUGUUCUUUGUGAUUCAUCUUCACUCUGGUCCCAUGGCCAACACCCUACCGCCCAUUGUUGACCCUGACCCCUUACUCUCUUGUGACCUAAUGGAUGGCCGAGACGCCUUCUUGACACUGGCCAGGGACAAGCACUGGGAGUUCAGCUCCCUCAGGAGGUGCAAAUGGAGCACCAUGUGCAUGCUGGUAGAACUGCACAACCAGGGGCAGGACCGCUUUGUUUACACAUGUAAUGAGUGCAAGCACCAUGUGGAGACACGCUGGCACUGCACUGUGUGUGAGGUGAGUAACUGCUGUUAUAUAUGCGAGUGUUACCCCUGUGUCAUUGUCCGUGUCAGUGUGAACAAAGUAAUAUAGGGGACAGGAUUAAGUCUGGAUAAUUGUUGCAAGGACUCAAAACCUUUCUCUGUCUGCCCUUUACUGCAGGACUUUGAUCUUUGCAUUAGUUGUUACAACACGAAAGGACACGAGCACCAGAUGGUGAAGUGGGGCCUUGGCCUGGACGACGACAACAACAGCCAGAGCGGGGAGGCCUCCAAGAGCCCACAGGAGAGCCGACGCUUGAGUAUCCAACGCUGCAUUCAGUCGCUGGUCCACGCUUGUCAGUGUCGCAACGCCAACUGCUCUCUGCCGUCCUGCCAGAAGAUGAAGCGAGUGGUGCAGCACACCAAGAGCUGCAAGCGCAAAACCAACGGUGGCUGCCCUGUAUGCAAGCAGCUUAUCGCUUUAUGCUGUUACCACGCAAAACACUGUCAGGAGAACAAGUGUCCCGUCCCGUUCUGUCUGAACAUCAAGCACAAGCUCCGCCAGCAGCAGCUGCAGCAUCGGCUCCAGCAGGCCCAGCUCAUGAGGAGAAGAAUGGCCACCAUGCAAGGCAGAACCAUGCCACUACCGUCCCCGCCUGCCUCAGCUGCCCCCAACACUCCCACUUCCCACCCCCAGCCCAACACUCCCCAGACACCCCAACAGCCGCUCUCCAACCAGCCACAGACACCCAACUCAGCCGGCGUAAUGUCCCCCACUUUCCCCAGCGCCCCUCGCAAUGGCCAGCCACAAGCUCAGGUGCCUCAGGGCAAGCCAGGGCCCCAGGCCUCCCCCUUGCACCAGCAGCAGUCCCCCCUCCCCCAGCAGCCUCAGCCCCCACAGCAGAUUCAACAGCAGCCCCCCCUUGCUGCAGUCAAGAUGGCACGGCACAUAGAAAUGAUGGCGCAGGCCCAACAGAACCAGCAGAACUACAGAGUCAAUAUGAACGGCUUGCCAGUAAACCCACAGCAGCCUCAACGCAUGACCGGACCGAUGCAGCCCCCCAUGCAGAUGGUACCCGGGCCCCGGGGACCACAGGUCAUGCAACCAGGCAUUGCCUCAGGACAGUGGCCUGUGACUGCAGGGCCAAUGCAGGCAGCUCAAAACCAACAACCAGGGCUAGUCCCAGGUCAGACCCCCCAACAGCCUAUGACCAUGCAGCGAGCCAUGAUGGCCCCAGGGCAGCAGCUUCAGGCAGGUGCAAGGAUGAUGAUUCCACAACAGCCGGGUGCCCGGCCUCAGACACCCCAAAGACCAGGUGCGAUAGCCCCCAACGCCCUGCAGGACCUGCUCCGCACCCUCAAGUCCCCCAGUUCACCGCAACAACAGCAACAAGUCCUCAACAUCCUCAAGUCCAACCCUCAGCUAAUGGCUGCUUUCAUCAAACAACGAACAGCGAAGUACCAUGCCAACCAGCCGCAGCAACAGCAGCAGCAACAGGCUGCUCAGCAACAACAGCCCGGCAUGCCAACAAUGCAGGGCAUGGCCAUGCCAGAAGGGGCUGUGCAGAGGCCAGGUAUGCCCUCUCAGCAGCCACAGCAGCCUCCAGCACAGGGCAUGGCUGCGUUGGGGGCUCAAGGGCAGCUGAUGAACGCAGCACACAACACCAACCCUCAGAUCCAGGAGCUGUACCGCCGGCAGCUCUUACGCCAGCAGCAGCAGCAGCAGCAGCAACAACAACAACAACAGCAACAACAGCAGCAGCAGCAGCAGGGAGUGAUGCCUCAGGGCCAUCCGGGCCAGUUUCCUGCUCAAGCACAGAGCACAGCAUCUACCUACUCCCAGCUCCGCAUGCAGCAGCAGCAGCAGCAGAUUGCCAUGCAGGCAGGUGCUGGAGCAGCUGGGGGUCCCAUGGGCCAGCUCCCACCCAUGGCUCAGAUGGCACAGCCUGGGAUGGGAAUGGACUCCACCCAGAACUUACUGCAUCAGCGGCUUCUCCAACAGCAGCAGCAACAGCAGCUUCCCUCACAGCAGCAGGCCGUCCUAAAGCAGCAGAUGGGCUCUCCUGCUCAGCCCAGCCCCAUGAGCCCCCAGACCCACUUGCUUGCUGGCCAGCCCCAGGGUGCAGCCCAUCUACCGGGCCAGCCCACACUAACCAAUGCCCUCAACAACCAGGUUCGCUCCCCUGCACCAGUCCAGUCCCCCUGUCCGCCCUCACAGCAACAGCCCCAGCAGCGUCCUCAUUCCAGCCCCUCGCCACAAGUCCAGAACCAGCCGCAGCCUUCACCACAGCACCCACAUCCACCUCACUCAGCUUCCCCACAUCCAGGACUCGGAGGCCCACUGUCAGGGUCCAUGGAGCAAGGACACCUAGGAACACCAGAACAGAGCGCCAUGCUCCCGCAGCUUAACACGCCCAACAGAGGGGGGCUGAACAGUGACUUAGGGAUGGUGGGAGAUGCUACAGGGGACACUCUGGAGAAGUUUGUGGAGGGGUUGUAG